AUGGAAAACUCCUGGCAUGCAAGAGUGUGUCGCGCAUGCGUCCCCUUCAGCUACACAUUGAUUGGCACGCUUUGUCCUUCCUCUCGCGAGAGUUGGCGGCGCCGCGGUUGCUAUGGAUACAGCGACUCUCCGUUCCCGCUUGGAGGCGGAGCGGGUCGGGCUGAUCCAGCGGCCGCUUCGGGGAACUUACGCGAGGACCUAGCGCUACGGUAAGCUCCUCCGCCUUUAUUAAUGGCGUCAUUAAUAUCAUUAUUAUUAUCAUUAUUAACCACCCGGCGUGAGAAUAACGCAGAGAAGCUGGAAGGGAGCGGGAGCUGAGGCGGAGCCGCCAUGACGUGAAGGGCUGGCUGAGCGCUGUACUACAGUUCCCGACAUGCUGUGCGCGAGGGCUACGUUUAAAAGGCGUCAUGGCGGCGGCGCAAAGCACCUCGGGACAAGUAGGUUGGCUUUGAGCGGGUUAAUUGAGCAGCGGGUUUUCCUUGUCCCCUCCCUCCGCCUCACAUAAAUAAUGAUGGAUAGCUCGUGUUGCAUUCUGGGAGCUGUAGUUCCUGUGCGCGUCGGGCAGUAAAGACGUGGUACACUUGAUUUAAUUGAUGAUGAUAAAAUAAAAAAAUUAAAAAUUAUAAUUAAAAAAUAAAGGUGCUGCUCUUUAAACAACAUUUUUCUCCUUUAUUCAGGCUUAACUUUCCAAAUGCAAUCAUUUCUGUGUAGUCCAAAUAGUUUGCAUGUGCCCCCUCAGAAUGUACCGAUGUUGAUAGAUGGGAGAUUAAUUUUAAUGAGUAGAUUCACUAGUUAAGAAAUCUAAUUUCAAUGACAAGUUUUAAAAUGUAGAUUUCUUACUUUUAAGUCUUUUAAACAUAGAAAAGUAGGAAUUGAAAGUGGACAAAGAAGAAAAGCAUGCUGUUCGUUUAGUGUCCAUGGGAUAUGCCCUUAACUAGUCUCUAAAGUUGCAUUCUGGAAUGUAAAAGUAGUCAGCCCCACAACACAGCGAAAUUUUAUAGUUUGUGUAUGCUUAGCUACAAACAUGAGCCUGACCAAACUGCGGGAGGCAGUGGAAGACAGGAGUGCCUGGCGUGCUCAGGUCCAUGGGGUCAUGAAGAGUCGGACACGACUAAACGACUAAACAACAACAGCAAUGCUUAGUAGGAUGAGGUCCAUCCACCCAGCAGUUGUGUUGUACAAAGGGCAACCAGGUAUUCAAGACAAAGGACUAAAUGUACUUUUUUGUUCACAUUUCCCUGUAAAUUAUGCUUUCAGCUUAUGUGAAGGUUAAAAAGGUGUACUUCUUCUUUCAGGAAAAUGGCUGAUCCAGAAGAAAAGGAAGGUGGCCUGGCUGAAGCAGAGGCUGAAAUGCAAGUUUUAGAGGACACUUCUGAAACAAACCAAGCAGAAGAAAGUGCCAAGACUAUAGGAACUACACAAGAGCAGACAGGUGCAACACAGCAGAAUGAAACAAACCUGCCUAUGGAGCAGGAACAAGGCCCAGAAUUAGCAACACGUGAAUUGGGUGAUGCUGAGGAACCACUACAGGAGCUGACAGCUACAGAGGAACCGGCUGCCAUGGUGGAAGUAGCCACUGCUGAGGAACCGGCUGCCACUGAGGAACUAGCCACUGCGGAGGAAUUAGUGGAGGGGCCAAGCAUUGCUGGGGAACAGGACCAGAAUCUUCCUGCAGCUGAGGAACCUGGCGCUGCUGCAGAAGGGGUUCAGGAGCCGGCUACUGCAGACGGACUGACAAAGGGUUUGGAAGUGAUAGAAAAAGAAGAGGAAGCUCAUCCAAAAUCCCAGGAUGUGGUCCCAGGGUUUCAGGAAGCUAUUCUAGAGGUCCAAGAUCUUGGUGUCAAAAUCGAACCACCUAUAGUUGACACAGAUGCAUCUAAUAUCACAGUUGCUGCUGAUGCUGCUUCUGUUGGUGCUGCUGAAAGUUUUUCUGAAAGGGCGGCUGAUUUUGCAGCACAUAUGCAUGCUGCAAGUGCUUUGUUAACAGAAGCGUUAGCAUCUGAAAGAGAAGAGUCUGAAGCGAGUACCGAAGAAGCUACUGUAACAGGUGGGCAGUUGUCAGAUACCAUAUAUUGCUGCUGCCUUUACGACUAAGAACUGUUACUGAUUAGAUGAUGUUAAUAAUGUUGAUGACUGAAAUGCGUCACUUUCCUAGGUCCACUAAAAUCACUUCCAGCUAGUGGCUCCUUAGUAAUAAUAAUAAUUAUUUUUAUUAAUAAUAAUUUAUUACUUAUACCCCGCCCAUCUGGCCAGGCCUCCCCAGCCACUCUGGGCGGCUUCCAACAGGAUAUUAAAAACACUGUAAAACAUCAAACAUUAAAAACUUACCUAAACAUUGAUGCCUUCAGAUGUCUUCUAAAAGUCAGAUGGUUGUUUAUUUCCUUGACAUCUGGUGGGAGAGCAUACCACAGGGCAGGCGCCACAGCCUGGUUCCCUGUAACCUCACUUCUCGCAGUGAGGGAACUGCCAGAAGGCCCUUGGCACUGGACCUCAGUUCAUAUGCUUCUUUCCCACAAAUUGAGCCCAAUGCAGUGUACAAGGAGGAUAGUAAAAUAAAUCAGCAAAUAAAUCUAAAAACAAAAACUAAACAUUGUAUAGCAACCACCAAUUUACAGAAAAGUGACAAGAAAAAAAAUGCCGAAAGCUGCAUGGAAGAGUCGUGUCUUGCAAAAUCACUGCGAUGCAGUUUGCUGAAGCUAUAGAGUAGGAGAAUGAAUGCUACCAUUUGGGUCCCUCAGCUGAAAAGGGUCAGUUUCAGGAGCUUGCCAAGCCUCCAUGGGUUUGGCAACAAAUACUUACAUGGUGACCUCAACCCAGUUAGGCUCAUUCCUAAAUGUGGCUUUUGAUAUUCAGUAAGCAUGCCUAGAAUUGCACUGUCAGAUUUGUAUGUGGGAGAAAUAAUUAUUUUUUGUAUACAUGUACUCCAGCAUUUGUACAAAAGCUGUCCAUAUGAGCAAAAGCUUCCCAAUUGAUUUCAGUGGUCUGGGUCCCGCACACCCCGUGCAAGUGGAAUUAAGUUUUGUUCAUAUCUAGAGACACCACUCUGGGUACAAGGUAUAUAUUGCUGGUGUGUGCAUAGAGUAAAUUGUUGCUGCUUCUGAUCAUUAUAACAGCUAAAGGAUUAUAUAUCAUUGUCUCUUUUCUGUAUGUUUUUAUUUUAAAUGGUGUCAUAGUUAUUAUUCUAUAAUAGCAGAUCUUGAAAUAAUUACAUUUAAAAGAAGUAGAUUAUAACAUGUCACAUAAUCUGUUACAUUUAAAAAAAAAAAAAAAUUCUACCAAGGCCGGAAGAGAAGGAAAGGUAAAUUCAGCAGUAACUUGACUUAAUUCAUCUAACUAAACAGUACAGUUUUUAGAAUCUGUUGUUGAUGAAAUACAAUAACAGAUGUUUUGUUUUUGUUUUUUCAGUUCGAUUCAUGCUACAUCCUGCUAUCCAGGUUUUCACUAAGUCUUUUAACAUUAACCAAACCGUGGAGCAAAUGAAGAAGUACUUCGCAGGACGCUUAAAAAUUCCACUGGAUAUUUUACAAAUUAUGUUGCUAGGUAUGUAUAAACCACUAGUGAGAAUUAGAGUGAGUAUUGAUCAAGGUUUGCUUAUGAACAACAGCAACAGAAAAGUUGUAAUUUGCUAGAGAGAGUUCGUAUUUUGCUGUUGUCUUAUUUAGUUUUCAAUUUUUGUUUGGUCUAUGUCAAUUUGUCUUGAUGUUAAUUUGAGUCAUUCUCAUAAAGAUAAGUAGUUCCUUUGUUAAACUCUUGCUUUAUAAUAGACGAACUAGAUAGAAGAUGGAUGUGGAGAAAAAAGCUUUGACUGGGAUAUCAGUUGGGACAGCAUUGCCACAGGUUUCCCCUAAGUUUGAUUGCAUUUCCAAAACCAUCCUUAAUUUUCUUUUCUAAAAAAAGAAAAUGUUGAUCUUUUUAUUUGAUGUGAAAUAUUAAUAAUCACUGUUUACUUUUAGGGCGAAUAACUGACAAUAGUGAAACACUAUGGAAUCUUGAUGCUAAACCUUAUGGGACCAUACAAGUUGAUAUGUUCUCCCUUGAUGAAGAAAACUUUCCCCUUAAAGCAUCUAAACUCCUAGAGGAAUACUACAUGCCUGAUGUUAUAACUUUUAAAGUGCAAACAGGUAGACAGCAAUGUUGCAACAUGCACUCUAGCUCAUUCUGGUCAGGUAUUACUCUGUAACAUCCUCUGUAUAAUUUAAUAAUACUGUUUAAUCUGAACAGAUGCAGAAACAUUUAAGGAAGUAAAUGUGUCAAUUAAAAGGCCAAAUUUUCAGAAACCGUUUUUGGGUGGAUAUAGACAUAAAGAAACAGGCACAGAAUAUCAUAAUGCAGGAUCACAGACAGACCCCAAAAAACGUCCAGACAAAGGCUAUGAAGAGUUCUGUAGGUCAACACAGGUAUGUUUGCCAGAGUACAAAAUAAAGCACUGAUAUGAAAAUAAUCGUAUAAAGUAAUUGGAAAGCUAAGUAGCUUCUAACAAAUUAGAAUCCCAUAAUUAUAUGAGUUGUUUCUUCAUCCAUUUGUAAAUGUGCUUUGUAGUCAUUUUAAUUUGUCCAAUGUUUCUAGCACAGCCUCUCUUUAUUAUGUGAUCAUUAAAAUGAAUAAUUUUAUUUCUAGACAGUUGUUGAGAGGAAAAAGCUGCAAAAUACGAGAAAUUCAACUUCCACUCAGAUGACCAAAAUUGGUGUCUAUAUUUCAAAUGUCACUGACAGAUUGAUAGAACCAAAAGGGUAUGUGACAGCUGAUGAAUACCACGCAAGAAGACUUCAGGCAGUAAGUACUCAAUCCAUUGAAUUAUCAUCUUUAACCCAGCAGAUUAAAAGACCCUGCAGUCCUAUAUCCACUUACCUGGAGAGAAGUCCUAUUGAUAGACACCUAUAACAUUAAACUGCAAAUCACGAAUGUGAUAAGUGAAAUUUACAUUUAAAGGGGACUCACAUUCAUCUUAAUACAUUACGAGUCACACACAGUGCUUCAAGUGGAGUUCCACUCACACAACAGGACUUUCUCUUCAUCUCCUUCCUUGCACAAAUCUUCUUUGGAGGGUCCCCCCGGCCUGUGGAGCAGAUUUUCAGGGUGCGUAAGGAGCUUGCACCAGUCAGGAGUGGAAGGGGAAAUUGGUUAUGCAAGUGGAAGUCUGCUCCGUGAACAGAAAAGCAGUACUGGAUCCAAAUUUAUAAUCUUUCUUCACAAUAUCCUGGUAUGGAGAAGGCACAUAACUGUUUGUUUCUUUUUUGAAAUGCAUAUUCAGUAUAAAUAGUAUCUGAAACCAUUCUUCACUAGCUUUGGAUUUGAUAGUCAAACAGCAGAAUAGUGUGUGUCUCAGAAGUGAAUUCUUAUAAAAGCAAGUACAUAGCUGUCAACUUUCUCCUUUUCUGGUGAGGAAUCCUAUUCAGAAUAAGGGGAUUUCCCUUAAAAAAAGGGAAACGUUGACAGCUAUGCAAGUAUAUGAUAAAGGCUUGUUUAAGGCAAGUGUUAAUUCUGUAAAUUGUCAAAAGUUUAAAAACGAAGAAAGCUUGCUCAUUUCUCCCCACUUCAGUGAUUCUUAAAUUGUGGUCUGUAAAUCGCCAGUAGACCUUCCGGAAGACCACAGCAAUCAGAAUAAAACAAUCUAUGACUUUUCCUGGGCAAAUAAUGAUGAACAUGAAAUGAAAACCCACCUUUUUCUUUUCAUAUUAAUCAUUUUUUGUGCUCUGAUAUAGUUGUGUUGAAUAUGUGGGAUUUGUCCAUGAUCUGUGUAGCUGAGAUAUUUGUCAGUCGAGUCGCUAUCGCUCAGGGCCUCUUCUUACAUUGCAGUCAUUAGCCUCAGUAACAAGGAACAAACCCAAAUCAACAAUGCAUAUAUGGACUUCCCAGCAAGUCCCCCAUCCGUCCCUCUCACUCCGCACAUUCAUUAUUUUAGUUAGCGCUCACUGUAUAGCCCAGGGAUGAGGAAUCUGUGACACUCCAGAUGUUGCUGAACUACAGUUUCCAUCAUCCCAGACCACUAGGCCGCUUUUGCUGGGCCUGAUGGGAAUUGGAGUCCAACAACUUCUAGAAUGCCACACAGCGGCGUAGCGUGGGUUGUCAGCACCCGGGGCAAGGCAAGUAAUUUGUGCCCCCUAACCCGGGGCAAGGCAAGUAAUUUGCGCCCCCUAACCCCUAACCUGCCGCCGCUGCCAGCUUCUUCUUGCUGCUGCCUGGUCUGGUCUGGUGUGGUUCUCUCCCGCGCUCAGCACUGCGCUGGGCGGCCGCUGCACUGUCCCUCCCCCAGAUAGUCCCUCGCUCUCUCUCCGCACCGCACGUCUAGCACCCACCCCCUCCACAGUGGGCGGCGACCCAGCGGCUCGGAUCGGAUUCGCACAGCCAGCACUGCAGUGAGAGAGAGUGAGUGAGCCAGGUAGGGGCAGAGAGCUGCGAGUGCGAGGCUCCCCCCAGAUGUUGCGCCCGGUGCGGCCGGCCCCCCCUGCACCCCCCACACUACGCCACUGAUGCCACAGGUUCCUCAGCUCUGCUAGAGCUGCAUUAGAUUGCAGAAACCAUCUGUUCUAAAUCUAGAAGCAUUCUAAGUGCCCUCUAUACUUGAAUUGCUUCCACCUUAAAUUGUGGAACAAACAAAUCAGAAUAAUGCAACAAACUGUAAGAGCUGCUCAGCUGUUCUGAAAGGGAUCUCUGCUGAACACAGUGGAGCUUGUGUUUAAACAUGUUUAGCAUUAGUUUCUAAGGGUAUGUCUGCCGUUGCAUUUCAAAGCUUAAUUUCUGCCCUUAGUCACAAUUUAAACAACCAUGUAUGCAUUACACAUUUUAAAGAUCUCUUUAUAAUAAGAGUCAAUUCAUCUAUUGCUUUAUUUAAAGAUGUGACAUUCUGGUUUGUAAAUUACUUACUAACAAAGCUAGCGAAUUUGAAACGUAUUUUUCUUGUAAUUGCCAGAACAUAUAACAGAUGCAGCAGAAUAUUGCUUUUUUCUUUCCUGCUAUCUCCUAUUCCUGUCUACAGGUAAUUGUGAUACAAACAUAUUUCCGGCGAUGGCUAGCUAAGACUUUAGUAAAUAAACUAAAAGAAGAAUUGCGUUUGAGACUGGAAUGGGAAGAACAAGAAGAACUAAGGAGACAGAGAGAGAGGGAAGAAAAACUGCUAAGGGAGUAUAAUCGAAGGCUGAAUCCUAGAACAAAGGAUGAUUUUGAAUUACUCUAUCAUGCUUUAGAAUGUAAGAGAUGGUGUGUUUUUUGUUUUUGCAAUUAAGAGAUGCAUAUUUUUGGAAAUUCUGAAAUUUGCUUGGUCGAAAACAGGAUAUAUCCAUUGGAAUUUUUUCUGGGAGGUUUUACACCAAACCACACUGGCUGUCAUGAAAUCACUGUUGAAAUGGGGUAGCUCAUGCAGUUUUUCAAUAAAACCAUUCCAGAAGUCCGUUCAACUUCCAAAAUGUUCGGAAACCAAAGCACAGCCCUGUCGGAUGUUCGGCUUCCAAAAGAAUGUUUGAAAACCGGAACACUCACUUCUGGGUUUCAUUUGUUCGGCAUCCAAGGUGUUCGGGAUCCAAGGUAUGACUGUACAAUCAAACUUCAGCUCCCGAACGCCUCUGUUUUGGAAUGUUUCGGCUCCCAAAUGCCAAAAACCCAGAAGGAAAUGCUCUGGUUUUCAAACAUUUCAGAAGCCGAAUGGGCUUCCAGAAUGGAUUACGUUCGACAACCGAGGUUUGACUGUAAAGCGUUUUUUCUUUGCCAGUGUAGCUGAGUCCAAUGUUAACUAAUGAAAUGAACUCAAGACACUCAUUGGCUGCAUAGACAUCAGGUUUCAUGUAAAUUGUGGGCUGGUUUCCAGGAGUCAGAGUUUCUUUGUUGCUGAAGAUGGGGUGUGUCUUUAAUUCCCAUGUGAACUGAGCUAGGCUGUCAUGUUGCAGAAGCUCUUGGAAUGCAUGCUCACUUUCUGCCAGGAGAACACCUUGCCUGAAGAAGUUGAGCAUAAGCCUUGAUUGACUCAUAUGCUGCUUCUGGCUUGAGAUGGAACAGCUUCAGAUUGUGUUGCCUCAUAUCGCUGCCUUGUCUGCCAAUAGUGUAGUCCUGCCCUGUUGUUUGCUUCUAUUUCUGUUUGUUGUUGACUGGUUGCUUCCCUGCAGUGGCUGCUUUUCAUCUUCAUAUGGGAACUUAGUGAUUCUAGGAAGCGUUGUUUAACUUGCUGGUAGAACUGCUUUCACAUUCUUCCACUGUUGCACUGAAUUGCUGAGACAGCGAUCCACUGAGUUUACUGUCCUUCUGAGGUUUGCGAAGGGCAUGCCUAUUGAUUACAGUGAUGGGAGCUUUUUACUUAGGUGACACGGUGCAGCUUGCGAAAUGUAUGGUUUGAUUUCAUACCAAAAAUGAGUCAUUCUAUUAAAAACAAGAAAGGCGUUAAAUAAUACUAAAUGGUUAACAAGGGGUUGUCCUACUCAGAGUAGACCCAUUAAAGUUAAUGCACCUGAGUUAGUAAUAUUCAUUAAUUUGAAUAGGUCUUCUCUUGAGUAGGACUAGUGUUGGAUACAACCCAAGACGUCCUGCAGCUUCCUUAUCCUUUCUGAAGCUGGUACUGUGUUUGAAAUAUUUCAUUCCCAUCUCUGUGCUUGAGAGGAAAAUCUUACUCAUCUCACACUUUACCUUGGUGAAAAUCUUACUCAUCUCACACUUUACCUUUCCAAGCUAAGAGCUGGAGCACAGGGAGAGAUGAAGUCCUGUAGCCAUACUGGACCAAUGCUGAGGCAAUGGUGGACACAAAUGUUGAGUGGCUACCAGAGCUACCUAGAAUGUGUGUCACUCUGAUUAUUAUUCCCGUGUUGCGGACCAGAGGUUGAGGACAGAAAGUUGCAGGAGGGCAUUAGCUCAGUGGAAGACCGCAUUUGUAUAAGGGUGGUCGCAGGUUCCAUCCCCAACAUUUCCAGGACCAGGAAACUCACCAAAUCCUGGAGAGCCAGUAAGCAUGAAUAAUACUGAUCUGAAUGGGCCAAUUGCUUGACUCUGAAAAAGGCAGCUUCCUGUGUUGGUUUAAAAGUAUCUAAUUUCAUGGCAGAGGUACAAUUCAGACAAAUGAUUUAUAGCUUACACAGCCACUAUGCCAAGCCAGUUCUCAAAACAAGUGAAAACUGGUUUGCAUAUAGAGCUGCAAAUUAAACCAGCUCCAAGAAAUCUGUUUUGAAAAAUCAUUUUCCGGAAGCAGGGAACAGUUUCUUUUCUUUGCAUUGGCUGCCCCCUCGUGGGUUCUCGAAAGCUGUGUAGACUUUGCUGCAUUGAUUUGAACAGCGGUGGCAGCUAACCAAAUAAAAAAGAGUAAAGCUGAAAUAUUCAGUGAUAAAAACAUGAUCUUGAUAGUCCUCUCCUCUGUGCUGCUUUUUUAUAUCCUGGAUGUUUUCUUCCUUUCAUUCGAUUGAGAUACACUAAUGGUUGUUACUCAUUAGAAUGAAAACGUUUGAGAGAAUAUUCUAUAACAGUGUUUGAAUUAGUAUUUUCCCUGAGCUUUUCAGAAAUAUGUAGAGAGCACGAUCUUGAUGAUCUGGUGCUGUGAUCCAGAGGACGUUGCGUUCAACUGGUACAUUUGUUCACAUUUUGGCUUUGUCAUGGAUUCACUUGGGCGGUCUUGGAAAAAUUGCUUAUUCCUCUUGGUUCCUCAUCUGUUAAAUGGGAGUAAUAACCUACUUCACAGGGCUCAGUGAAGACAAAUAAGAAAAGGAUUUAUCGGGAACUUUGCACAGGUUACGUGCCAUGUACCUUGUAAAGCAAUAUCUAAAGAAAAAAAUGCCUAACUAAAGGCUUCUUCAUAGGUUUUCUUGUAAUAGGGCUUUGCCACCACACACUGAAUUCUGCCUUGGUGUAUCCCUCAACCACCUUGCAGUGUAUCAAAAGCUGGAUUCAGUGCAUUGAAGCAGAAGAACAUGGCAAUUCUGCUGCCCACUGAGAGCAAGUGGCCAUUAAAACAGAGCCACUAUACACUAUAUAACAGCGAGAAUCUACCUAUAUCAGGGGUCAGCAAACUUUUUCAGCAGGGGGCUGGUCCACUGAACCUCAGACCUUGGUGGGGGGCUGGACCAUAUUUUGGGGAAAAAAGAAAAAAGAACAAAUUCCUAUGCCCCACAAAUAACCCAGAGAUACAUGUUAAAUAAAAGGACACAGUCUACUCAUGUAAAAACACUCUGAUUCCUGGACUGUCCCCGGGCCAUAGUUUGCCUACCCAUGACCUAUAUUGUUGGAAAGAUAACUAAUGGUGAUAGCAGUGACUUAAGGUCAAAGUAGACCUUGCAUGGGAGUUCCAUAAUUGGAGCUCUUCAGAUCUUUUUCAAAAAGCAAGCUCAGGUUGGAUGUGUGAUUUGUGUCUAGGCAAUGGAGAUGGGGGAAAGGAAUGAUCCUCCAAUGCAAAUCACCCCCCCCCUCCAGAAGCAGUUACUAUCCCCUAUGGAGAAAACACUUGUAGAUGCCUGUUUGAUUUUUUCCCUCCAUGCUAAUAGCAGCUUCAGUUGGGCAGGGGAUUUGCCUAGGAGAAUAAAUGCUCCAUGACCCCAUCUAAAUCACUUCCAUUCCUGCCAGUGAAUAAGGCAUCAAUCAUUCUAAUCACGGCAGUGGUCGUGAAAAUGCUGGGCAGAUGUAGUAACCCACAUAGGUAAGCUGUAAGGAUCCCUAGAUAAAAAUAUAAAUGACUUUAUGGAGAUGUUUAUCCAAUUUGCAGAUGACUUUGUCUGCAAAUUGACAGCACUAGGCGAAAACUGACAAAAUAAAUUUCAACAGAGAUAAGUAUAAAAUUCUGCAUUUAGGUGGGAAGGAUCAGAAGUACCUGGCUUGACAUCCAUUUGUAGAUGUGAAAAGGACCUUAGGGCCUUAGCAGAUCACAAGCUAAACAAGAGUCAGUCGUUCAGUGCAGCAGCUAAAGAGGCCACUGGAUUUCUAGGCUGUGUGAACAGAAGUAUAAUGCUCAGAUUGAGAAAAAUAAUGGUACCACUCCAUUCUGCUUUGGUCAGAUAUCACACAAAGUACUGUGUGUCGUUCUGGGAACAAGAGUUUGCAGAGGAUAUCAACAAACUAGAACAUGUCCAGAGAUGGGCAACAGAAAACCAGAAAUGGUGAUGGGAGACCAAGUCCUAUGAUGAAAGGUUAAAUGUGUUGGGCAUGUCUAGCCUGGAGAACAGACAGCUAUUAGGCAAUCUAACCAGCUUCAAAUAUGUAAAGGGCUGUUAUAUAGAAAAUGGAGCAGGUUUGUUUUCUUCUGCUACAUGGGGAAGGGCUCUGUUGCUUCAAAUUACAAGAAAAAGCACAGGGGCUUAAUGUAAGGAAGAGGUUACUGACAAUAUGAGUGGAACAGACGGGUGGCCUUAGAAGGUGGUGGACUCUCCUUCAUUAGGGCUUUUUAUGCAGAGCGUAGUAGAUUUCCUGAAUCAGCAGGAAGCUGGAUUACAUGACCUUUGAGAUCCCUUCAAAUUCUGUGAUGCUAUGAUGUAAAGAAGUCACUGAACUAGAUCCAUAAGGCUUCUCAAGCAUUUACAGAGCAAAGUAAAAGAUCCUGUAAUUUAAAAAAGAAAGGCUUGUGAGUUUUAUACACCAAUAACCACAUUAUAUGGAUUAUGUGUGUUGUGACAUAAUUAGCAUCAAGGCUACUUGGUUGUAAAUGGUUCUGAAAUAGGUCCAUGGUAAAUCAAGAGCCUUCUGCUCGAAGUGAAAAUCAGAGGAACACUGUAAACCCAGUACACUUCAGCACCCCAUUUAAAGACUUUCCCCCAAAGAGACAGAAAUUAAAGAUGCAUGCUUAGUAUUCCUAUCAGAUGGCAGUAGCUUUACAUUUCUGGUCACAUCCUGAAAGAGUAAGUUGAGGGUAAUGAAUACUGAACUAUUGGAUAACCCACAUGCCUAUAAGACUGAUGGAAAGCUUUCUUCACUGCUUCAAGAUGGAAGAAAUAUGAUCUUCCCACUUGCCCUGCCUUAUUGUUAGAAUGCCUUCUUCGGGGAUCAACUAUAACUAUUAGCCUGUGAAAAUUCAAAAUGAAGGGAGAGAGGAAAGUUCAUCUCCUUCAUUUUGUAUUAUAAUAAAUAGCUAUAGCUGAUCUGAAGAAGAGCAAUACUCAAGAAACAUUGGGAUCACCAUACUUUAUUCCAUAUUCUUUUAGGUGCGUGCAUAUAUAUAUAUAUUUGUUAUGCACCUAUGUGAAUUUCCAUAUUUUCUUCUUUUUAUCUUGUUAUGCUGAUUGGGGAGGGGAAAAGGCUCCAAUAAAUCUCUCAAGCACUUGUAGCACCAGGAGGCUCACUGAUUUCAAUUUGGAUAGCUAUGCAUAUAGCUGUCUAUAUAGGUACCAAAAUUAGUUCUUGUUGCUAGAGCAGAACUGUACUGCCAGGAGUAAAAUACAAUCUAGUCUUCUGAUCCAAAAAAAAAAUUGUUUCACCUGAGUAGCUUGAAUUUAGCUAGAGUUUAUCAUACAGAUCACAGCAUUGCAGAACUGAGACUAUUUCAUUCUUGUUCCUACUUUAGGAGCUAUUAAAAAUAUGCACACCCCGUGUUUCUGUCUCCCACUGCUGCAGUUUCUUAUGUAGAAUAAUAACAUCUUCGUUUCCUAAGGAGAUUAUUAACCUUGGCACAGAAGCCUAAUUGGAUAAUUUAUGGUUUUGCUUGAAGUAUUUGUCUCCUUUGCUAAUGCUCCCAUAAUAGAAGGCUGUGUUCUCAUUUUAAUGCACAUUGAAAAUACUGUUAUAUCGUAAUAGCAGGCAUUGGAAUGCUGUAUAGGAUGGCAUUCAACAGAUGCAGGUUUUUAGUUACAACAUUGUAACUGAAUGCCCGUAUUAUUUUAACAAUACAGUAUUUAUAAAUUUCAGCUUACUCCCUUGAUGUAUUUUAAAUAGUUGUUUGUGUAAUAUAUUCAGUGAGUGGCAGUCAAUAUGCCAAUAUGCAACGAUACAAGAUGUAAUAUGCUUAAUUCUAAUGUUGAGUAGGAACCUUGAGACCUUAAAAACUUUAGGGGGUUUUGUCUGUUUUUGUUGAAUAAAUGUGCAUACGUACAUCAGACCUUCUCUUCUCGCAUUUCAGUGCCAAAGUGACAUUUGGAGAACUCUCUCCCAAAAUAAAUUCUGAAAUGGCAAAGGACAACUGCUCUCUAGAUCUUAGCAUGGGUAUAUCACACAACUUGUACUGGCAGUGACUAAUACAUUGGACUUCACUUAUUUCCACUGCCAUAUCCUAUACUGGGGCAUGAGACCCACAGGUGAAAGAACUGCAGGAAUUAGUGUGCUUCAUAAGCACACACAAACCCUGUAGCAAGCUUUGUGCAGAUGCCCUUUUCGCAUAGUUUCUCCAUCCUUGCUGAUCUCUAGUACAGUGGUAACUUGGUUUUGGAACAGAAUGUGUUUCGGGAGUCCAUUCGACUCCCGGAACCAUUAAAAAACCAAAGUGCGGCUGUGGAAGCCGUGCUGGCUGUUCGGCUUCUGAAAAUCGUUCGAAAACUGGAACACUCACUUCUGGGUUUCAAUCGUUCGGGAGCCAAUUUGUUCAGGAGGCAAGGCAUUCGGCUUCCAAGGUACCACUGUACUGUAUGUUAAAGACAGAAGCAAAGUGGGCAAAAAUGCAUAGGUACAAAACUCCAGCUGGUAUUGGAGAGUUGCAGGAAAACAGCACACUAAGGCAUGCUACCUAUGCUCCUAAAAACAGAGUACUAAAAUAACAAAGCACAAUCCCCUUUCACCACUGAUUUAAGCUCCUGGCUAUCACAUUUCCUAUUCAUAGCAUGUGACGGCUAAAUCAAGAAAACAAGAGUUGAAAAAAAAAUCAAUAAUAUUGUCUUUUUGUUGAUGUAGUAUGGAGGCAAGAGGAGCUUGAGAAUAUCAACAGCACUCUCACUGGAGCCGAACGGAAGGCAGCUCUCUGUGGACUGUUAGAAAAAGAGGCCCAGCUGAUUGCUACCAUCGGGAGACACAAAAUAAACGCAUAUGAAGAGAACACGCACCAAGCAAUCCUGUCCUUCUUGGAAAAGGUCAGUGAGAUAAUUUCUAUCUGAACACUGAACGCACCCAGAGUUCAAAAACCUGAAUUAACAUUUACAAAGUAGCAGCAGGCUGAAGAAAAGCACAGUAAUUAACUUGACCAGUUGAAGAUAUGAUUUGUGGGCUUCAUGCAUGUCUGGCAGUAAAAUUGGCUCAUUAGGUACAGUUAUUAAAAGCCUUUUUAUAUACGCCUAUAAAACCUGAUGAGUGCUUCUUUUCACCUAAGCACAGAAAAACCACCACUUACAUCUUAAUUUACUUAAUUGUGCUGUCUCAUUGGAGAUGAUGAGUACCGUGCCCUGUGCAACCCUCAAUUAAUGCUACACUAGAGGCACAAGGAACACAGUGUAUUACAGUAGUCUCAUUCAUACUUCCCUGAAUGUACAUUCUAAGAAGAUUUGCAUGGAUGGGCCAUUCUUAGAGUCUUGGAGGAUCCAGCAGUUCGAUGCCAUCACAGGGAGAUAUGUGGUGUUCCAGAUUUUGUGAAGAGUAGCUAUUAAGAGUGGUUGUUUGGGGUUUUUUGAAAGACUUGAAAUCUGUUGAGUGAUGCCAGGUCCUCCCUCAUUAAUUAUGGUCACAAUCUUGCUCUCUCAUAUGGACGGAAGAGUAGAGUGGCACCUCAUGCCAAGUCCCUCUGUCUUCUGAUGAUGCUCCCAUGCAGGGUGUAUGGCUGUGCUGGGCACAGCAACAUGCCAGGCAAUUGAUGGCAUAGCCUUCCUAAGCCUCACUUUUUAAGCAUCCCGUAGUCCACUCUUUUCUCCGUGCUCGCAUGCCUUGGUGAGGAGAGAAGCCUGCAAGCCUGAGUCUCAGGGAGAAUACGUUGGAUACUUCAGGGUGAGGCAUUGGAAGGUUUUAACUUGCCAUGAACAGCUUGGCAGUGGUAUUGGCAUGCCCAGAGUAGUAUCAGCAGCGUGUGGAAUAGAAAAGCUAUGCUGCAGUUCCUUCAGUGGAUCUUGCUAUCUGCACCCUGAGAGAGAAGAAUAGCAACCCGUCUUCCCCCUUGAUCUGUUCUGCUGUAUUUGGUAUGCAAAAGCUUCUACCAGAAUCCAUCUGAUUGUUUGGAUGUGCGUCCAAGAUCGCCAUAUGACUGCAGACUGUCUAAAGUGGCUUGAGCAGUGAAAUGAUAAGCUGUGAUAUAAGUGCAUGGAACAGCAGUUGGAGGGCCGCUUCGCUAUGGGUACCCUGAUCAUCAGAAGCGAACAACCCCCAUCCUGCCCCUUUCAAGGUGUUGUGCAAGUGGUCCUUGUAGUGGCUUAAGCUUAGAGCAGUGGCUUAGUAGAAUGGUCAGUUUCUGUAAAAAUUAGAUGGCCAUAAACCUCUCUCAAUCAAACUACUGACUUUCUAGCUGGAUUUCAAGUUUUACGUUGUUAUCCUCCAUAGUGCUCUACUGAUGCAAGCCUCAUCCAGCAGUUGUAUCCUUCAAAGAACAGCUGCAUCACUCAAAAUAUGGCCUGAAAACAGGAGGGUUUAAUUUCUACUCUGUUCUUACAAUUCUGGUUUUGCAAACCAGAAGGGUGGUUUCACCAUACUUCACCAUACAUUUUAGACAUAAUAAGAAUAGGACUUCAAAGGUAGGCAAUAUCUAAUUCAUCUCUCCUUUUGAAUAAAAUAAGAUAACCAUGAGAAUUGUGUAGUGGAUAAGCAAAGUUGGCCAAUUUAUCGUAUGUCAGAAUGGUCCCCCCCCCCACACAAUAAAUAUGUUAAGUUUACUUACCCACCACCAGAUGUCACUAUAGUAGAAAUAAAUGUGGUUUUGAAAUUUCAGUAUGUACAGCAACACUUCAUUUCUCGCCUUUAAUGUCAGGUAUAGGUGAAGGUAUGAUGGCUUAGGAAAUGCCUUUUGAAGGAAAAUGGAUAUUAAAGAGCAAUGUGAAGGAGUGGAGCACUAGAGUAAAGAAUAAUAACAAUUCAGCCACCAUUCAGCUGUUGUGUUGUUGUUGUUGUUGUUCCAAACUCCACUGGAAGUGCAUAUGGUGAAAAGCAGAUUUUCAAUCUGGACGGAUUAUCAUGGAGGCGCUGAACGAACUAGUGCCUUCAUAUACUGAAAUUUGUACAGUUUCUGCUGCUCAAAAAAGGGCUGCAUGUACAGUCACACAAAUCAUGGUGGGCAUUAUAUACAGUCCCUAUGCUUUAGCGGUGAUUCAUGAUUCUGGCAUUUCCACAUGUUCCUAGCUGUUGGCCCAGCCUGCUUCUAGGAGAUUAGGGAUGAACCAACUACUUAAUAAGGCUUCAAAGCUGGCAACUGGACCUUGGUACACAUUUAAUAUAGAAGUGAAUUCAGCGAGAUAUUUCGUAGAGAUAAGAGAAGUAGACAGAGGAAGUAGCUUUUGGAAAUGAAGACUAGUAAGAAGGGGGAGGGAUUGGGAGCUACUUGGUUUGGAGAAAAGAGCAAAAUGACCCUAAUUGUGCAAGCCCUAGACAAAUAAGAGGUAAGUGGCUCUACUCUUUCUGCUUGGUACUGUAGUAUUCUUGGCUUAAGCACGGGAAUUACUUCCCUGAUAGUGGUUUUGAAUUUUUGUUGAUCUUCUCCUUCUUGAAAAAAGCCACUUGAUUUGGAAUGAUGCUUUUAGAUAACCAUUUUCAGUUUCAAUGCAGAAAUAAAAUUUGCUGAAAAGAAUUCUGACCUCCCCACCUCCUUGAAUCAAAUGUCCCCUCUGACCAUGACUUAGGCUUUAGGCACCAAAGAGACUUCAUUGACAAAUUGUUCCAUUGUGGUCUUUAAGACCAACUGAAGUCACCAAUUUGGAUCAAAUGUGAAUGUGUUGAAUAGAUAUGCUGCAUGCAUGAUGUAGACAUUAAGGCCAACAUCACAAUUUACAAUUUAUUUUAUUUAUUUUAUAUCCACCCUACCUCCAAAUAGUAGGAAUGUAGCUACAUGUGAAGGGAUUUAAAAUGGGUUCUUGGCUGUCAUUGGAUAGAGGAAAAAGGGGGUAGUAGGUUAUCCACUUUCUGCCAAUUUAAUAUACAGAAAUCCCCUACCUCCACAAGCUAUUCAAUCUCCAUGACAGUUGAGAGAAUCCUGACAGCUGCUCUAGUAAAUGUAUGUACUCUGGAAAUGAAAUGCUUUGGGGCAGUAGUAGGAGAACUGAUCUUCCUUCUUACACUAGCUAUUCAAUUGAGAUCCUGUCCUAAAUAGCAUCCUCACUAGCCUGAACAAAUGGUCAGCUUUGCUAAUAGCACCAGAUAUUUACUCAAAAUAUUGGUUCAUAGAAGUUUUGCUGUUUCCUUCCCUGUUUGUCUUUAUUCUCUGCAAUUCUUCAUUGCAUCUCCUCCUGUCUCUCCCUGUGCAAGUUGUAUUCCCCACCCCACCCCUCUGGCAACACUCUGUGCAGCUUUCAUGUGGUGGCAACUGGAAUGCAGUUUACAAUAGACCUGCUCUCUGAAGCAAUUUAGAUAACAGGAUUAUUGUAAUUUCCAUGUUGCAGCCAGCCAACUAAAAAAAGCAGAAGACAGCUGGCAAAAGAAAACUGGAGAUUCAGAAUUUCUUGCACCAGUUUUGAGCAUAUAUCUAAAAAAGCCCCAAAACAGAAUUCGAGUAUGGAUAAAAGGCCUUGAGGGGACACAUUCUUUGGCAAAGAAUGAACACAUUUUAUUUAGAAAAUUAUAUGUUCUUAUCAUAACUUAUGAAAAUGUGGAUUGAGACCCUUCGUUAUACAUUAUACAUUUAGUUUACUAUAUAAAUUAAAAUGGCUACAUCUCCAGUUUUUAUGUAAAUUUAACAGAAGCUAAAAUGAAUAGUAGCUUGUCUCCAAAGAACUCUGGGCAGAGUUCAGCUGCAUGUUGGGGUUUUCCAUCUAUGCAUCCCCAUUCCAUCGUCUUCUGUUGAAAAUCUGUCCCUGAAGGUCAAGGAAACCUUUUCACACACUGCUGUUCAGUCCAUAUGGCUCCUCACCUCAGAGGAGCUAGUAGAAAUUGGAGGUCUCUACUUAGCUUAAGGGAUGCGGGUGGCGCUGUGGGUUAAACCACAGAGCCUAGGACUUGCUGAUCAGAAGGUUGGCGGUUCGAAUCCCCGCGAUGGGGUGAGCUCCCAUUGUUCGGUCCCAGCUCCUGCCAACCUAGCAGUUCGAAAGCACGUCAAAGUGCAAGUAGAUAAAUAGGUACCGCUGCUGCAGGAAGGUAAACGGUGUUUCCGUGCGCUGCUCUGGUUCGCCAGAAGCGGCUUAGUCAUGCUGGCCACAUGACCCAGAAGCUGUACGCCGGCUCCCUCGGCCAAUAAAGCGAGAUGAGCGCCGCAACCCCAGAGUCGGCCACGACUGGACCUAAUGGUCAGGGGUCCCUUUACCUUUACCUUUACUUAGCUGAGGAGAAGCACUUACGGCUUACCCUAGGAUCUCUUUGGAGCAAAACCAUUAUGUUCUUAUUUGUGGGUUCUAUCCAAUGCUUGAAUUACUGAAAAUAGACCCAUUGAGGUUAGUAGCCAUAACUAACUUAAGUCCAUUAAUUUAAGCGGGUCUACUCUGAUGCAGGUGGUACUGUGGUCUAAACCACCGAGCCUCUUGGGCUUGCCGAUCGGAAGGGCGGCGGUUCAAAUCCCUGAAAUGGGGUGAGCUCCUGUUGGUCUGUCCCAGCUUCUGCCAACCUAGCAGUUCAAAAGCAUGCCAGUGCAAGUAGAUAAAUAGGUACCGCUGUGGCAGGAAGGUAAAUGGCGUUUCUGUGUGUUCUAGCUUCCGUCACAGUGUUCUUUGCGCCAGAAGUGGUUUAGUCAUGCUGGCCACGUGACCUGGAAAGCUGUCUGUGGACAAAUGCCAGCUCCCUUGGCCUGAAGCGAGAUGAGCGCCGCAACCCCAUAAUCGCCUUUGACUGAACUGUCCAAGGGUUCUUUACCUUUUUACCUUUUACUCUGAGUAGAACGUAGUUGGAUACAAGCCUAUAGUUUGUUUAAAAAUAAAUAAAUCUUAAGCUAGGAGAGCAAAAGGACACUUGCUUAGCUGAGUAAGUUCAAACUAGUUGUGUAUUCAAAGAAAAACUCAUCUGUUAGCUUUGGCUUUUAAAAAAACAAAACCCGACUUACUAAAAUACAGGCUUAGAACUUAAGCUUUAUGGUCCUAUAUGAAGGAUUUGUUUUAUCAUGCAUGCCUGGGAAAACAAAUUAAUAAACCUUUAGUUAUGCUAGAGCAACAAUCCUCUGUUUCUGAUUUUGCUGGAGUUUGCUAGCUCUAAUUGAAAGAUUUAGAACUUCAUAAUUUAGACAAGCCUGUUUCCUGCCGGAUUUUUUAAUCAGUUUUGGCUGCAACCCGUCAGUUCCAAUUAUCAGCCCCUCAUUUAAUUAUAGAACUAAGCCUGCUAAGAAUCUGUCAAAUUCUCAUUUAUGAACUCUUAUUUUCUUUUAUUUCCCUCUUUUUGUGCUUACAUAACUUGAAAAAAUGGAUGAAUGCUAACACUCUACAGAUUUGUGCUUCCAAGAGGAAACUGGCUGAGCAUUUGAGUUUUGUACAGAGAAGAGCUUAACUGAGAAUAUUACUUCUUGGGUUCGGAAUAGCACAUAGCAUAAUCAGCUUUGGAGUGAUUUUUUUAAAGGUCCUUUUUUAAGGACCUGAAUGGUCAGGGAAGAAGGGGUGGACUGCUGAAGGCAGGUGAGAGAUUGUUUGGGAGUACAUGCAGUUUGUUGGUAGAGCACCUGAUAUUCAUGCAGAAAGUCUUUGGUCCAGUCCCUGGCAUGUACAGGUAGAGCCAGGUAAGGCCCUUGCCCCCAAACCCUGAAGACCCACUGCAAGUCAGUGUGGAUAAUACUCAGCUAGCUAGACCCAACCACCUGACAGCUCUUUGUGUUGCUAUGAGUGUGAGAACAAGGAGCAAGCUCUUGAGCUAAUCUGGAUCAGUUGAAGCUUUUUGAGUGGGCAGGGGAAAGAGAGAGAGAAUAUUGCCACAAGCUAGGAUUGGAAAUCUCCCCUACCCACCCAUCCUUGCUCAGUUAUUCAUGCCAGCCUUGGUCUUUGCUGGGAGGUAAAGGCUAGCCCUGGGCUGAGGAUUUAGUCACACAGACAAGGGGCUCAUUUCUAGGCAUAUGUCCAUGCUUUAAAGCUCUUUUAUUGAAGAACAGGCUAUUUCAAUUCCAUCAUCAUCACAGAGGUGUCUGUGGAGGGGAUAUAUUGAUUGAAAAUGUCUAGCCAACCAGAUCAGUAAUUGGGUUCCUAUUGAGGAUUUGAUGAGCCAACACGACAGUGAUGUGGGAUUCAGGAUUGGAUUGAUCAUUCUGUGAUAUCAGGGCAAGUGGACAAAGCUGUAUUGUGACUUGUGAAUAUAUGUUUUAAUAUAUCUAUUUUUACGCUGUGUCCUAGCACUUCUUUUUCUUUUGCCACAGUGCUUUCCUCACAAAAACCUGCUCUUUGCCGCUGAAUUGGAGCAAACAGCAAUCCACAGAAUUCCUGUUUGUUCCGAUUCAGUGUUAAAGAGCAGGUUUUCUUGGGGAAAGCGGGGCUAGGGGGACGCACUCUGGCAUAGAGCUUGAAAGCAUGGACCUGUAGCUAAAAAGCUCAUGGCAAGAGGUAAGUGUGGAUCGGCUCCUAUGCAUCUCAUUGGCUGGAAAAGGAGCAUGAAAAUUGAGCCAUAGGUCUGAGGCUAAUAUUUGUGGCAUUUUUGUCAAGACAGCCAGAUUCUGAAAUCUGGAGGGAGCUGACUGUCAGUCCAAGGGGCGAGAAAAGGGCUUUUUAUCCAAAGCCAGCAGGGCUCGAGAACUCACCUUUCCCGUGCAUGACAUCAUCAAGCUUGCACAGCGACAGAAAAAGGACCCAACUUCUGGCUGAAAAGGAAUCUAUCCUCAAAAAGGAUAUUGCAGAGCUGAAAAAGGUUUAGAAAAAUGGCAAUAUAUUCAGGGGGAUGGAGCAAUUCACUCCCCUGUGAUGGGGGGAAAGUUUAUCUCCCUCGCUCAGUACUAGAUCUUGGGGACAUCCAGUAAACUUGGGGGCAUCCAAUGAACCUGUAUAUUUGGGACAGAUAGAAAAUUCUUUCUUCACACAGCACAUGGCUAAACUGUGGAGCUGGCUCCCACAAGAGGUGGCGAUGGCCACCAACUUGAAUGGCUUUAAAAGGGAAUUAUGGACAAUAAGGCUAUUAGUUGAAGGCAGCAUCCCUCUGUAUACCAGUCUCUGGGAAUCACACUCAGGAGCAUUAUUGUCCUCAGGUUCUGCUCUCAGGCAUCUGGUUGGUCACUGUGAGAACAGGAUGCUGGACUUAGAUGUGCCUUUGCCCUGAACCUGCAGGGAUGCUCUGGUGUUCUUAUGGUUAUUUGCUCUCCAUUGACUUCCGUUAUCUUAUGAAGGAUCUUUCAUAUAGCAUCACAACCCCUUCUGCUAAAAGAAGGGCUGUGGCUUCAACAGCAGUAAGGCAGGCAGAAAUUCAGCAGGUACUGUAUAAAGUUAUCAUCACACUCAUAGAAUUCCCAGACUCCCAGUGUGGCUUGAGAAACCCAGCCAGAUGGGCAGGGUAUAAAUAAUAAAGUUGUUGUUAUAAAUAAUAAAGUUGUUGUAAUAAAUAAUAAAACUGCUGAUGUUAUUGUUGUUACAUUGUUCAAAGAUGAACGAAUUGUUUCCAUAUUUUGAGAAUGUUGAUGGCAGUCCUGAUGUUCGUUCAUCUCCAUGCGUUAGCAGAGUUUAUUAUGGCAUAAUACUGGUUUUUAGUUGUGCUCUGACAGCAACCAGUAAAUUACCAAGGAAGCUAUAGUGUAUGGAAUGAACAGUCUCUCUCUCCCCCCUGCCCCCCUGCUUCUAAUUAUUGUUUGUCUGGAUUUGUGUUCGUUAGGAAACCACAAUUUGGUAACAAAUCUACUAAAAUGGACAGGAAAAUGUCUCGUUUCAGAUAGUUGCACAUUUCUUGGGACAGCGGCAGUUCUUAUUAGCAGGGCAUCAGAUUUGUAGACUCUAUAAGCUUCCUUUGGUCACAUUGUAAAGCAUUGUCCUUGAUUCCUUUCUUCAUUCUAACUCGGCGAUUCAAAAUGUUUCUCAAGUGUGCAGCCCCCAAAAAGUGGAAAGCAUUUGAUGGCAAAGUUACCGAGAUGGAUACGCAGUUCACGCUGCGGGCCAGGGAGCUGCUCGAAAUCUACCGCAGCAUUAGUAUGAAAGACCUUCCGCAGGAUGAACGGCUGGACGUGCUGCUAACGCUGAAGCACACGGUGAAGGUAUCUCUCUCUCUCAAGCUUUUAAAGAAGCCCUACUGAGAUCACACACAGUACACUGUCAAUUACGGACGGUUUGCAAGGGCUUAAGGGGCCCCUGCUUUCAUCUUUCGACACCAGGGUGCCCACUAUAUACCGAUACUUUUACAUUAGCUAAGAAGUGUAAAACCGAAGUCCUAAGCACACUUGAACAUAGCGGGACAUCUGAAUAAACCUGUAUAGGAGGAUUUAUUUGCUGCAUUAAUAUAUCCCCUUUUUGCCAAGGCAGUUUACAGUUCAAAAUAUGCCUGAGCUCAAUCCCAAACCCAAACAGCCAGGAAGGAAAAUCCCUUUGAUUUCAGGAAGCAUCGGAGCCAAACUGUACCACACACUGUUCAGCUAUUUACAAGUAAAUAUUGCAUGUCUGUCCAAUUUGCAUUAAGAGCCUGGUGUGGUGUAAGGACCUUUAACCUUCUUAUUCAUGCACACUCUCAUAGAGUCAUAGAACACAGGUAUGUUAAAUAAGUUAUAUACUGUAUUUUCCGCUCUAUAAGACGCACCAGACCACAAGACGCACCUAGUUUUUGGAGGAGGAAAACAAGAAAAAAAAUAUUCUGAAUCUCAGAAGCCAGAACAGCAAGAGGGAUCGCUGUGCAGUGAAAGCAGCAAUCCCUCUUGCUGUUCUGGCUUCUGGGACAGCUGCGCAGCCUGCAUUUGCUCCAUUAGACGCACACACAUUUCCCCUUACUUUUUUUUAGGAGGGAAAAAGUGAGUCUUAUAGAGCAAAAAAUAUGGUAAUUGUAGAGUUGGCAGGGACCACAAGCGCCAUCUAGUCCAACCCUCUGCAAUGCAGGAAUCUUUCGCCCAACAUGGGGCUUGAACCCACAACCCUGAAAUUAAGAGUCUCGUGCUCUACCAACUGAGCUAUCCCAGAGCUAGCAAGCACACACAUGCACUCUCACAAACACAUACACUGUAGUACCAGUCUGGUCUGGGCAGGACUGUGCUUGAUACUGCAUUGGUGGGAAAGAGCUCUUAUUCGCUCCAGUCAGUGAACACUUUCUAUAUAUAAACAUAGCAUAAAAUUGAUCUGGACAGACAGUUAUUUAAAGACAGUGAGAUAGGUGUGUGGAUACACGAUUCCCAUUUCCCAAAAAGCUAAGCUUUAAGAAGCCUUGGAGCAUUUGCUCUCUCAUAAUUGACAGGCAAUCGGUGUAAGGAAUUAAGAAAUGAUGUGCAUGUGAUUUGCUAAACAUCUUGCUUGCCUUUGCAGGAACAUGACUCUAAACUCACACAUGAGAUAGUGGAAUUGAUUGACAGAGAAGCAGACCUCAUGAUGAGGGGAGUGAAGGAAUGUAACUUAGACGGGCUCAGACAAAGAAUAUGUACAUUAUUUCUUCAGUAUAUCAAAACACCACUUUUUAAUCCAGAGGUUGCUAGACAUCUCAAGGUAUUUUGUUCCUUUUCUUCUCUGUUACAGUUGUUUCUUGGCAUGCAGCUAAGUGAAACUACUCGCUAAAGAGUCCAUAGUCUACCCAGAGGCAGUUGAAUUUCUGCAUAAUGUAGAGAGGAAUUGUUUCUUUUUCCUUAUUCAGUUAUUCAGCUGAAGACUUUUGAGAAGGCUGUGCUGUGUAUAUGAAUGAAACCCAGGUAUUGCUUCUAAACAGCAGGACAACGGAUGCUAACUUGCCCCUAGUGAAUAGGAAGAGAUCAACAUGGAAAGCGGUAAAACAAACUGAUAACAGUAGCUAAGAGUAUGAGCUGGGAAGUCAAGCUCAAGUUCCACUUUAGACACAUAGUCAUUAAAUUGCCUUAGUCAAGUCAUUAUUUUCGCAGUCUCUGUCUUCCUUUUAUCAUAUGAGGAUAAUAAUACUGCCAAGGCUGUAUGGCUCAAGCAUGUUGAGCUAUAAAUGUUAGUGUUGCCAUUGUUACUGAGCUUGAACUUAGCGUAAUUCGCUUGAGUUCUCAGGUUCCAUAAAAAGGUAAGAUGAACAUGAUUACAAAAUGUAAGGUGCCUUGCUGAAAUCAUUCAGAUGGCACUCAUAUUUAUAUGUCAUUUUCAUGGAGAUGUCACCAUUCUCUAGUGAUUAUGACAUCUGUCAGAAGAACAAGUAACUUUCUGCUGAUACAAGCAGAUUGGUUUUAGGCCAGAAGCGUUUUCCCCCAGCCAGCAUCAUGAAACUAGAAUGGAGAAAUGUCGAACAGGGUUAUUGGCUACAGCUUUAUUUCUCCCCCAAAAUUUGGGCUUCUGAGUCAUUGCAUCUGGAGACCAAAGGCUAUAGGAUAGCUAUGUUUGGAUUUAAUACACAUUGGCAGGAAUGCCAGGCUCAGAAAUAACCUUUAAAGCAGUUUUAAGAACAUUAGUGGCAACCAGACAAACCAAACUAAUUACUUACUUAGUAUGCUGGAAGAGCUGCUCAUUUGGCACUGAAAAUACCAGACAGGUUUGAGUGCAUGAAACCACAAUGAAAAGAAAUGGGUGCUUCUCUUUCUUAUUUAACUUUAUUGCACAAAACACACAUGAGAAUAGAUUUCUAACCAUCUGAUAAUUUGUGUGUGUUUAAAACUGUUUAAAAUAAAGUAUUUUAAAGUGUUUCUGUCAAAGCAACUGAAUGCUAGCUGGAGGGUGGGUUUUAUCAGCUUUGCAGCUGAUAUUCUCUCUGUUUUGUAAAAGGUUGAAGGCACUGAAAGUGAAAGGGCACACAUAUAAAAAUGAAAAAUAUUUCCUCAAAACAAACACUUCUUGUUAUUGGCAAAUAUAGAGAAUAACUAAAAUGUGCACUUACUGCUUCUUCAAAAUCGUUAUGGCAAUUAAAAGGAGAUCAUUCUAUAUAAUUUUUGUAGUAGGUUGCAUUGACAAUAAAGGAAUAAAGAGAUAAAAAUAAAAUAAAUGACUAAACAAUGGAUUCUGAAGCCUUUAGUGUUUCCACCUUCAUCUCUUGCUCUGCAUCAUCUCAAAAACACAACCAUAGUAGUCCAUAUGGACAAUUUCAUUCUUCUCAAAGUGUUUUUAUAUAAUUUAGCAGAAUAUUUAUCCCUUUAAACCCAUCCUCACAUAUCAAACUUCAAAAAUAUGUUCAUAAUCACUCGGUUUACUGUAUAUAAUGGGGAAACAGAUUGCAUUUGACAGGCCGCAUGCUGUGCUGCAACAGAAUUGUUUUGCAGAUAUAUAUUUCUUCAAUUUCAAAGGUUUCUAUGCAUACAGUUGUCAGUGACUACUGUACUUUGGGACGAGAUCUGUGGGCCAGGCUAAUGACUGAAUGUGGAAAAUACUGUUAUCGUUCAUUAGCUGAUCUGCUUUCCUUGCAGGUUCCACCUGAUCCCAUGAGGCUUUACCACAACAUCCACUUUUGCCUUGGUUGCAAAAGGUAUUUGCCCUCUACGGAUUUUGCCAUAUCUGCUAGUUCCCACACUGUUGGCCGUUGUCGUCUGUGCUGCAAGCUGGAUAAUGAGGCUCGCCAGAGGGAAGCCUUCUUGAAAUACAAACGUAUGCUCCGAAAUCUCCGAGAAUCAGAAUUGAAUUAUAAGGACGGUGCUAAGAUUGCCUUCAUAUUACAGGUAUGCAGAGGACAGAGAAUAGUGAUGUUAAAGAUAAUAUUUUCAGACAGCACAAAAUGGAACAGAGUUUUAUAUUGUGCCGGCUGUAAGUAGUGGCAGAGCACAGAGGCUUUUACAUUACACGGAACUUUCCUUUUGUUUCUUGCCUUGAUGAUAAAUCAAUUCCUGCCAGUGGCCCGUUUGCAGUUCCCAACCCUUUUGUGACACCAGUCGUGCUAUUUCUUCUUCACAUAUAGACUUGCCUUUGCUUCCACACGUGGGCGUGCUACCAAAUCCAAGUCUAAACCCAAUCAGAGUAGACAGAGAUGAACAUUUGUGGAAAUCUUGAGUCAUGGAGAUUUUGUAUGGUGUGUGUGUGUGUGUGUGUGUGUGUGUGUUUCCAGAGGCAUUUUGGAGAAAAAUACUCAACAAAUAUGAUCUUACUUUGCUACUUUAAGAACGUGAAAGACAACUUAGCAGCACAUAAAAUUGUAUUGUUCAAUGUAGUCCUAGAACAGGGAUUUUUGGGGUGGGGACAUGUCAUGCUCCUUCUGGGGCAGUUUGCCCACCUUUGGUACUCACCCUGCACUCAGCUCUCACCUGCGGCUCCUAGAAACAUCAGCCACACCCCAGGAAACAGCUUUGACUGGCCAGCUGAACCAGGUGAGGGUAGCCAAUGGGUCUCAAACUGUGAGUUAGGGACUUCCUCUACAUGCAAAGACAGAUUCCAGUGGAUUGAGUGGACAAGACCAAGAGUGGGUCCAACGGUCAAGAAGAUGGUUUCUGCACACGCUUUAAAGGGAAGUGGGGGGCAGAUGGGACUUGUCAACUUGGGAAGGUAGCCCAUCUAGGAGAAGGAAAACGCUGACCCUAAACCUCCGCUGCCUUGUGGGAUUUCUUUGGGAGAAAUCUGGAGAAGAGUCCCGUAGAUUGGAUGGCACCUUGUACGCCUCCUUCCAGCGACUCCUACAGCCAAGCAUAUUGCUCUGCUUUCCUUUGGCGGGGGUGGGGGUGGGGGGUGUUGUCGUCUGGGCAGCCCAGAACCUCCAUAUAUGCUUCCCGGGCUUGUGUCCCAGGGAGGUCACUUUGGUGGUGCUGGCACAGCAGUUUGACUUCACCCUGGAGUCACACUCCCUAGUCUCUCGAGACAGACGGAUGCCAGCAACAACAGUCCUGAAAUAAAACAGCAUAACUGCUGUUGUUUUACUAAAACAAUAGCUACAAAUAUAGGGUUGUGUUCAGUUGUAUCCCUUACCUUACAGAAUGUUCUUUUUUUCCAGUGGAGGCUUCCAUGCAUGGAAGGGAGAGGUCAAUUUUUUAUUUUUUAUAAAUUCCUCCUUCUCUUGCAGCUCCCCAUGCCAUGUCCCAUUCUGAUCCAAAGGGUCCCUCGACCCUCUGGAGCAGAAUUUGGAUGGGUGGGGGCAGCAGGGGGAUGGAUAACUCCUCCCCCACUUCACAGAAGCAUCAGCUGGACCAAAGAGCCUUCCAUGAGCAGAGGGACACAAUCGGAUGCAAUCUAGUGCCACUGUUGGAAUUUGAGCUGCAUCCUACCUUACUUAAGUAUGAUGUUCUACCUAAUCCAAUAUGAUACAGUCGUACCUUGGCUCCUGAACGCCUUGCGAGUCGAACGUUUUGGCUCCCGACCGCUGCAUACCCAGAAGUUCUUUGGAACCUGAACGUUCUCAUGUGGCUCCCACAGCUUCCGGUUGGCUGCAGGAACUUCCUGCAGCCAUUUGGAAGCUGUGCCUUGGUUUCCAAACAUUUUGGAAGUUGAACGGACUUCCGGAACGGAUUCCACUCUACUUCUAAGGUACCACUGUAUUCUGUCUGCAUCACCCACUCAGAAGAAAAGUGAACAGUAAGCAAGGGAAGGGGGUUUAUAGAAGUGGAUGAGACAUGCUUCACUUUGCCUGUGUUACUUCUUACUCUGCCGCUGCCAAAACCUGCCUCUCAUUUCUGACAAGCUGCUCAGUUCCUCUGCCACGCCACACUCAGCUGCUGUCUGAGAGUGAAACUUGUUUGCACAGGCACUGACAGAACUAGUUAAAUUUCCUAUCACCCCAAACCUUUAUUGUGGUGGCACCUACAUUUUGGAGCAGCCUCCCAGUACAUUUCAGGCUUGUCUUUUAGGUUUCCUUUUACAACAAGCCUUUUCAGUGAAGAUUUUUAUCCCAGUCCUCAUUUGUAUUGGACUUGAUUUUUGUUUUGAUACAUGUUUUUAUGGUUAAAUUGCUUGGGGACGUUUUACAGGAAGCAGAUUCAUAAAUGAAAUAAAAAAUUAAAAAACAUCUCAGCAUAAUCUGCAAAAGAGCAUGUUUCUUAAGAUGAAUUUUUAAUUUACUCCCAAGUUUUCAGUUUCUCCACUUCAGGCCUCAGGAGAAAAAUGAGGGAAAAGGAAGGGAUUCUGAUAUCCCCCUCCCCUUUGCCUUCACAUCUCUAGGCUCUCUUUGCAUUAGUACCAUAUUACCAGGCCAAUAUGAGGCUUUCCCUUCCUUUCUGAAUUCCCCUUUCUUGUUCUCCUAUUAUCUCAGUUCUACUUGGCAAUUCUGGAUCCCAAAACCACUGAGGCCAGCUUUACACAAUGCAGCAGACUUUACAGAACAUUAUAAGACUGAGUGUCAAUGGCACUUUUUUUUUUUAAUGCUUCUACUGUACGGGGGUACUGUACGGGACGCGGGUGGCGCUGUGGGUUAAACCACAGAGCCUAGGACUUGCUGAUCAGAAGGUCGGCGGUUCGAAUCCCCGCGACGGGGUGAGCUCCCGUUGCUCGGUCCUGCUCCUGCCAACCUAGCAGUUCGAAAGCACGUCAAAGUGCAAGUAGAUAAAUAGGUACCGCUCUGCCGGGAAGGUAAAUGGCGUUUCUGUGCGCUGCUCUGGUUCGCCAGAAGCGGCUUAGUCAUACUGGCCACAUGACCUGGAAGCUGUACGCCGGCUCCCUUGGCCAGUAAAGCGAGAUGAGCGCCGCAACCCCAGAGUUGGUCACGACUGGACUUAAUGGUCAGGGGUCCCUUUACCUUUGCCUUACUGUACGGGGGAGAGGGGGAACACCUUCCAGUAAGAAAUCUGGUAUGUCAGAGAGUUACAUUGCAACCUAGGUUGCUCUCUUUGUGCUAGUUUUCUCCGUGCAGGAAGUUUCACAUAGGGAAACAUUCAAAAAUACGAUCUCCUACCUGGAGCGUUGAAUUGGUUCAGUCCACUCUGCCAGCUCAGGUUUCUGCCACCUUUUUCUGCCACAUGGGUAGACUGGGCUUCAUUCAUUGGCUCUUCCCCAUUACUCUGACCACUCCACUUAUUGCUGACAGCCAAUAAACAAGCUAUCAUUAUCGUUCGGCAAAGUCCUAGUGAGGUUAUUCAUAAGCCAUGAUGCGCAGAGGUCAGGCAACUCAAGAAGAAUGUUAUAGAGAUGAAAAUAUUAGCAACAGCUCACAUUCUAGAUUUUGUUUCAGUGAGAAGGAUAUGUCCCUUGAUUUGCUUGGAUUAGAUUUCAUCUUGCUCUUACCUAGUUGUCAUUUUGUUUAGAACUCGGGAGUGAUUUCUUUUAAUUGGCACGGAUUUAAAAAUAGACUGCUAUCCUAAGUUUAUAAAGAAUUCUUCAGUCUCUGAUCUGUGCUGUGUGUAUAACGGAAGGGAUUUUAUUCUAUGGACUGUUAUAUACUGCCUUACAAUGCUGGUGGCAAAAAAUAUUUAUUAUUAUGAUUAUUAGAUUUUCUAGCAAUAUUCUUUUAUUUAGUCAUGGAUGUUUCCUCCCAUCUUCCACGAUAGUUAUUAAUUUCACUGCUAGAACUGUUGUGAUGCUUGUCAUACAGAUACAGAACUAUUCAUGUUCAUAUUUAGGUUCUCAUGGGAAAAAUAUCCCCCCGCCGCCCCCCCCCCAAAAACCCCAGAUUGCCCAGUGAACCUGGAGGUUUUUGUUCUCUGCCUAGCCCACUUUCUUGAGUCAUUUGGACACAUUUGUUCUAUAAGCACCUUACUGCAGUGGACUUUUUGCAGUCUUUCUACCAUCACUCUCUAACCGUUUACAUUAGGUUUUUGCUCUCAUCAUUUUAGCUUAUGCUGUAAGGAAAUAAUUCAGCGUCACACUAACCGUGAUCGUUCCAUCUGGGCAAGCGUUUUGAUCCCACCUCCUCACCCUGUGUUGGUGUUCUGAGGGUUCUUCUGACCCCAUUCUCUGAGCCCAUUUCAGAAGGGCAUGGGCUGAGGAGACGGGGGAAACCCCAUUACCCAAGCCACAGAACUUAUUAGAUAAUAGAAUCAUAGAUUCACAGAAUUGUAGAGUUGGAAGGCCAUGUCAGAUGGCCAUCGAACCUCUGCUUAAAAACCUCCAAGGAAAGAGAGUCCACAACCUCGCUAGGGAGACCAUUCCACUGUUGAACACCCCUUACUGUCAGAAAGUUUUUCCUGAUGUUCAGAUGAAUUGCCCUCUGUAAUUUUAAACAAGUGUGCAAAUGAUUUUGGCAGACAUUUCGUGAUUGAUUGUGGUGGAUUUCCAAACAUUUAUGGCAGAGCAUCUGCCUUUCCAGAAUCAUCCAGUGUAUAAAUUACCUUUAUUAUUUUGUUGCACAAAUAUGCAAUUUCACUUAUUAAGUCAGCAGCCUUUGGCAAAUCCAACUUGAACAUCCAGGCUUUCACAUGUCUGAAGCACAGAGUACCUUGAUUUAUUUCAUUCACCAACAUAUUGCUAUAGCUUUGAAUUUAAUUAUGUGCAUAUAGUUGAAGGCUUGACAAUGUGGAUUGUUUAUUCUUUUUAAAAAGCAUGGACUUGAUGUGGGGCAAGCUGUAAGAAAAAGUUCUGACAGCAAGUUAAUAGUUAAGCAAACUGUCAAGAGAGGAUACAGAAUUUCCAUCUGCAGAGGGAUCCAAAAAUAAGCUUUUAGAAACUUGCAUUUUAGGCAUGCAUGUCUUAGAAUAAUAGAAACUGUGCCUUAUUUAUUCAAAUAAGAGUCUAAAUGCUAUUUGAAUGUGGCAGUUUUGUAGUGAGCUUUAUUUCUUCUUUUCCCCCCUCCUUUCCUUGCUUUUCCAUUGCAGCUGCAAGACCUGCGCUAUAUGGUUGAAAAUUUCUGGGGUUCUCAGUCAGCUAUCAGUGCCUGGGGUGAUCUGCAUGAUCUUGUCAUGGUCAGGUGGAAUAAAUACCAAGAAUGGUCUCCCUGGAACACGCUCCUUAUCAAAAAGAGCGAGGCAGAGGCUCACCUCAGACUGAAGGAUCUCGAAAAGGUAUAGUUAAUGUUAAAAUUCAAAAUGUGCUCUGUGUUACAGUGACUAAAUUCUGUACGCGUUGCACCUCUGCAGACUAGUGAAAUGGAAAGCUCUCUUUCAUAUACUUCAUGAGGGUUCAGUAUUCCUUAGUUUUUGGCUGGCUUUCCCAUUCUUCUGAUGUAGAGAUGGAGAACCUCAGGCCUGAGGGCCAAAUCUAGGCCUCACUGUCUGGCUCUUGAGAAGCCCCAAGCCUCACACCCUGUGGUGAAAUUGUAUUCAUUGCUUUCACCCAAGCUGAAAAAGGUCCCCUCCGUUCUAAAGUCUUUGGGGCUGCUUUUAAUUGCAAACACUGAAUCAUUUCAUGUCGCAUUAGGGAGUUUUAAAAGAGAAUGUUCACCUCUAAAUCUAAUUUGUAAGGUUUUCACAUCUGGCCAUGCCUUACUCAUCUCUGUUUAAAUCCUGCCCUUUUUGUCCUAGUCAUUUCUGAUACAUUCUUCACCAGGUGUUCUUGACUAUAUUCUUGUUCUGGGAAGUCGGUUUUUGAAAGGUUUUGUGGUUUUUACUUUAUUUACAGUGGAACCUUGGUUCUCGAACUUAAUCCGUUCCGGGAAUCCGUUCGAUUCCCGAAACCGUUCGAAAACCAAGGCGCGGCUUCCGAUUGGCUGCAGGAGCUUCCUGCACUCAAGCGAAAUCCCCAUUGGAUGUUCGGCUUCCGAAAAGUGUUCAAAAACCAGAACACUUACUUCCGGGUUUUCGGUGUUCGGGAGCCAAUUUGUUUGUCAACUAAGCUGUUCGAGAACCAAGGUUCCACUGUACUUAAAAGCCGGUUCCCCUAGUUCAGAGUCCCACAGCAAUGUCCAGCACUCACAUGCAGCUCUCAGUAAGCAUGGGCUUCCCAUGUUGCUGGAUGAAAUUUUAUUUUUUUAACAAGUAUUCACUGACAGUUCAAUCCUUUGCAUGCCUACUCAAAAACAAGCUCCAUUAUGUCGAGUCGGAUGUACUUUCUCGUGUGGUGUUUUGAAAUUGCAGCUUAAAUUAAUCAUUUCUCAGUAUUUUGUAAACACUCUGCACAAGUUGAUUUGCAGUCGUUAUGAACUUCCAUUGUAGGGCUAUUCUGUUCAGAAACAAACGAAACCAAGAUUAUUAUCGUGCUUUGUAUUUUUAAAAAAAGUUUAUGACUUAUUAAAUUCUGGGCUUGUGGGCCUGCAGAACAGACAUGUGAUCAAAAUUAUAAGGUUAAUUAAAAUAGAUUUAAUUAACCUUCUUAUUUUAUUUUAGCUCAUUUAAUAACCUUGGAUAUUUUUCUUCCUUUCAGAAUUAUGAGAUGAUGUUUAUCCAUAAGAUAAGGCACAAGCAUAUCCUUGCAAGAAACUAUUUCUCCCAGUUUCCAGAGCUGGCAGCAGCUUUGCAUAGGGAUGACAAACAGACCAACACUGAUGAUCUCUUAGUAACAAGGUCUUUAACGGCUGGCCCAUCCAAGUAACACUCCAAGGAUCUACAAGCUUGGUUCUGCUUGAAGGAUAUACAUACAAGUAUUCACAGCACUCAUUUGUUGUUUGAAGAACCAGUGCAAUCUCAAGAGGCAGAAACACUUUUUCUGUCUUUUUCUUAAUUGUGCCUUGGCAAGCAUGCAACUAUGUUAACAAAUGGAUUCCAAAUAAUUAAUUUUGUGCUGCGUUUAUCUCUUUGAAAUUUAACUCUGCUUCAUAUGUAGCCCCAUUGGUCUUUACAAAAACCAAGCAAACCCUUUUGUUAAACAUUCUUGUUAUUCAACAGAAAGGGGCUGCAUUAUCCUCCUUAUGCAACCCCUAGGGGUAGGGAAAUAAUAUCAGUUGGUUCCUUGAUCAGCCUUUGCUGUACUUUACUACCAGUCUUUCAGCUGAAGGAAGCAUCACUUUUAAAAUCAAAACAAAAUUGAGAUAGCUGCAGUGGAUGUUAAAUCUGCCCUUCAGCGCAAGGCGCAGUGAUCAAUAUUAUUAGCAAGCGCACAAAUUCUGUCCAAACCACUUCCUCAGCAUUAAAUACUGAUACGAAACAGGUUACUUUUUGGGAAAUACUUUUCAAAAACCUCCCUAUAAAGAACUAUUUCUAUGCAUUUGGUUAGAGUGAAUGAACUACUUUAAUCGCACACAUAGACCUCCUUGCACCUAGUGGAAUUUUGACUGGCUUUCAGUGGCUUCAUACUGUAUUACAAACUGUCUUUAAAACUCUCCACAUUUUCAGAAGGCAGCAUGGAACUGCUGUUCAGGAAACACCAAGCCCAAUGGUACCCCCAGAACUGGCUAAGGAGUUUAUUUGGAGUUAGGAAGAGGGGCCUUUGCUGUUGUGGCCUGUUUGGUAGCUAACUAGUGCUACAUCACCUUUACAUAUAACCAAGUUAGUUACAUGCUAGUUAUUUGGCAUACUUUGAGCUGCUGAAUCAAAGUGAUCAGCAUGCAGGUACUAACAGGCUAUUAAGGAGCAAACUACAGCUAACUGAACUUGCAAAGAGGAAACCUGAUCGCUAAUAUCUGCUGCCUUUUGCAGAGCUGUCAAGCAGUACUUUGUGAUCUCAUUAAACCUCCACUAAGGAAGUCAAUAGCAUCAUCUUCAAUUCUAUUCAUACAGUUGGCAUCAGCUCCUUAAUAGCCCCCAGCACUUGAAGUUUAUUCUGGGAGUAUUAUUAUUUAUUGAGUUUACAUACUGCCCUAUACCCGGAGGUCUCAGGGCAGUUCACAGAAAAGAUCACAACAUAUAUAAUCAGAAUAAAAACAACAACCCAAUAACACGCACACAUCCGGAUGAGUGCACAAAUUCUUCUGAACAUCAGAGGUGUUCUGUUGAGCUUAGAAGUUUUUUGACAUCUACUUGGGAGUCAUGAACCUUUUGGUCAGUCACAGAACAAGGACUUCAAAAAUGCUGGCUGUCAGCUUUUGUAUACUAUUUAUACUGAACUGCUAAUUGGGGUGAUUCCUGCCUGAUGUAUUCAGAGAAACAUCUGGCUUGACAAUGCACAAGUGGAAAGCUGUGUUUGUUUAUGCAAAAUCAAACCAAUGUCAGUCUUCCGUUGGCGUUCAGACCCAAUGAAGGCACAGGAGAAUACAAAGAACCAAAGUUUCGAUGUGUCUUAUAUAUUGCUUUUAAAAAUUCAGCUCACUGAAAUGAAAUAAUCUCUGAAAAGAGUGAAGUAAGCGCCAGUUCAGCACAUUUACUAUAGCUUGGAUGACCACCACCACAAAUACUUGAUAACUGCCACCGAAAACAAUUAAGUUAUAUACAUAGUAUCUUUUCGUAUCUCAUUAAUUGGACAAAAUUUAUUCACGCUAUUCAUUCAUAUUGCAUAAGAAAGUGCAAUUGAACUUAUCUUUUCCCCUGAAAGAUCUUGAGUUAGAAAUUAAUGCAAAAUACAGUGGUACCUCGGGUUCCAUACACUUCAGGUUACAGACUCCGCUAACCCAGAAAUAGUGCUUCAGGUUAAGAACUUUGCUUCAGGAUGAGAACAGAAAUCGUGCUCCAGCAGCGUGGCAGCAGCAGGAGGCCCCAUUAGCUAAAGUGGUGCUUCAGGUUAAGAACAGUUUCAGGUUAAGUACGGACAUCCGGAACAAAUUAAGUACGUAACCCGGGGUACCACUGUAGUAGUUUACUUUAGUUAAAUUUGGCUAAAUUAAAUAUUUUAAAAAGCAAGGCAGUGCCGAUUGCAAGAUUCUGCAGUGGGCCACGGUGCGUUGCUAUAGAAAUCUAUGUUGACUGUCAGCAAGCUAUGGUUUUGAGGCACAACACAUGCACAUAACAUAAACACGAAUGUUGUCAUCAAAACACACCUCGUAAGAGUUGUUGGUUUCUGCUUGAGAUUCUUCCAUUUUUGUUCCAGACCAGUUCCCCUGCUUUGGUGUACAGCAGGGGUCAGCAAACGUUUUCAGCAGGGGCUGGUCCACUUUCCCUCAGACCUUGUGGGGGGCCAGACUAUACUUUUUUUGGGGAAAUGAAUGAAUUCCUGUGCCACACAAAUAACCCAGAGAUGCAUUUUAAAUAAAAGCACACAUUCUACUCAUGUAAAAACACGCUGAUUCCCGGAUCGUUUGCAAGCCAGAUUGAGAAGGCGAAUGGGUCGGCCCCGGCCCCCGGGCCUUAAGUUUGCCUACCCAUGGUGUACAGCAAUGUAACCCACUUCCAGUCAAUCAUUUGUCACAAUCAAAUCUUAAGUCUUCAGAGAGGAAAAGGGGUAAUAUCCAGUUAUCGUGGAAGGAAGUACUGUGUAUUUGCAAUGUCAAAAGAGUUGUUUUCAACAGCAAAGUGGACAAGGACAGGAUUUCACACUUUCAUCAAUUUUCCGCAAGCAAGAUUUGUGUGCACACCAUCAGUGUGGAUUUGUGUGCAUGUCUGAGACCUUUUGAAAUGACUGAAUGUGUCUUUUGAUGUAAAUGGGGAUGUACAAUUUCUAGGAGACCUGCUAAGGCAUAGCAAUUGCUCACAGCAAAGGUCUAUGGAGGUGCUUCACUUUACUGAAAGAGUUGGGAGUCAGACUGAAAUACUCCCAGCUUGCAGUCUCAUCAAAUCUUAGGCUGAGUAAGGAAAUAAAACCAGCUGUGAAGUAAAUAUAUAGGACAGAACGUGGCUGCACUUUGAUGAUCAAAUGUUCAACACAGAACGGAGCAUUUGGCCCCAAGAGGAGCACUGAAUGGGCCACACUUCUAGCUACAUGGUUUUUACAAUCGCCUUUUAGCAUAAAAUACAGUUUAGGAUAUAUCUUAGCCAGUGAGAUUAAUCUGAGGCAUGCAUGAUUGUUGCUAAUUGAAAACUUGGGAAGGCUUUUAAUUGAAGAUUUAUAAUUGAAGACUUAUAAUUAAUGAACUUACCCCAACGAGUAAGAAGGAAGAUACCUUUUUAAGUACAGGAUUCCUAUAGUAUUAAUAUUAUGCUAAUUGGGUCACACUGCAAUCCUAUUGAAAUUAGCUGGAUAGGUCAGGCAUGUCAAAUUUAAAUGAUCUCAGUGGGACUAAAGCAUAGUUAAGUUAUUCUGGAUCCAUUUCACCAUUAAAAAAAUUAUAUAUAUAAAAAAACCUUAAAAUUUAUCUAAAGUGACUCUCUAAAUCAAAUAUGCACUUACUUUCAUUUUGCCCUAAAAGCUGAUUUCUUCAUCAAAGAGCCUGUAUUUUUUGUUGCACAGCAUCUCAAAAAUGCCUCUUCAGAAAUGCAGUUAGCAAAUACCCAUAAAUUGUCUCUUUUACAGCAGUACCACUUUUAUACAAGUUUAGAUCUCUAAAUUUAUCAUUGUACCACACGAAUAUGGUGUUGACAUGUGUUCGCAGUCAAAAUAAUUUACAUCAGGAAGUAAACACUUAUACAGCUGGAGAAUAUAUUUCAAUAUGCAGGAAGGAUAUCUGUAAAAGAACUGAAGACCAAAUAAUUCUGAACAUCCUUACCUAUUACCUGCCUUGUGUACCACAGUGAAAGGUCGUGAUUAACGCUGUCAACUACUGGAAGACAAAAAUCUGGUACCUGGGCAGGGCCCUAAGGUCAAAACUAGAGGUUAAGGAGCUGAUAAAAUCAUCAUUAGCAAAAGAUUCCUAUGGAAGAGGGGGAAGUAAUCAGUGGUAGAAUUACUGCUAUGUGUAAUUAUCCUAUGUGUAAUUAGGGCAAAAAUCUAGAGACUCUACCCCAUACCAUAGAGUUUUUUACUCUCAUCCCCUGUCCCACUGACACAAAUCAGAAUCGUAGAGUUGGAAGGGACCCUGAGGAUAAUCUAGUCCAACCCCCUGCAAUGCAGGAAUAUGCAGCUGUACCAUACCGGGAUUGAACCUGCAACCUUGGCGUUCUCAGUACCAUCCUAACCAACGGAGUUAUCCAAGCUAUAUGAGGGAGCUAUCCAACCUAUGGGAAGGAGAUUGCCCCAACAGGGCUUGCAUAGUUCUUGACCCUGCUUUGGACACAGGUCAAGCCCCACACCCGUAGUUGCUCCCCACGUGGGUUGGAGUUUUCCAUAAGGUUUCCACCAUAGACCUUCCCUCAACCAUAGUAGGGGAUCCUCAGGGCCAAGGUCCUCUCUGCCAACGUGAGCACCAACCCCCCUUCCCAGGCAGCUCCUGGCCAUUUGUAGUUUUGCAGCCUAAGGUAAGCCACAAUUCCCAGAAUUCCUGGAGGAUGUGUGUGCUUUAAAUGUAUAGUGUGUACACUAGUGGGCAAAAUGGUGGAAACCUUUGGGGGAAAGUGCAUUUCUGAGGUUUGAUGGCUCAUAACACCACUUUUCUUGGAGUAAUACCAUUUAUCAAUGGAAAGAAAAUAUAAUGAAGAAUGUAAUGCAACAAAGUUUGUUCAAUUAUCUGUAUUUUGUCAAUAACCAGAAAAAAUAAUCAACCUUGCUUAGGUUGAUAUAUGCAGCAGCUUUCCUUCAUUUGAAUGUAGCCAAUGAGCAUGAGUGUUCAGAGAGCCAACCAGGUGGUGGUGUUGUUGUUUAGUCAUUUAGUUGUGUCCGACUCUUCGUGACCCCAUGGACCAGAGCACGCCAGGCACUCCUGUCUUCCACUGCCUCCCGCAGUUUGGUCAGACUCAUGUUGGUAGCUUCGAGAACACUGUCCAACCAUCUCGUCCUCUGCCGUCCCCUUCUCCUUGUGCCUUCAAUCUUCCUCAGCAUCAGGGUCUUUUCCAGGGAGACUUCUCUUCUCAUAAGGUGGCCAAAGUACUGGAGCCUCAGCUUCACAAUCUGUCCUUCCAGUGAGCACUCAGGGCUGAUUUCCUUAAGAAUGGAUAGGUUUGAUUUUCUUGCAGUCCAUGGGACUCUCAAGAGUCUCCUCCAGCACCAUAAUUCAAAAGCAUCAAUUCUUCUGCGAUCAGACUUCUUUAUGGUCCCCUUCAUGGAUCACUGCCUGGCCGUGGUGAAGGGGCUUGAAUAACUCAGAGAAGCUGUGAGCUAUGCUCCAUGGACAAUGACAACCAGGUGUUAUGACCAUUAAACCUCGGAAAUACAUUUUCCCCAAAAGGUUUCCACAGUUUUGGCCUCUAAUGUAUGCAGAGGCUGUGAGAACAGCCGUGUGACCUGUAAGCACACAUGUUGGGUUUUCUGAAGGGUGAAGAUCAACAGUUGCUUCCCUUUCCCCUUCUCCACUUUUAGUCCUCCUAUUCAGGCAGAACCCCUAAAGAGGACCAGAGCUGUCUAGCUGUCUAGGGAUUUGGGCCAGCAAUGGACUCUUAGGGGAUGGUUUUUAGUCACCACUGCACCAAUGCGUGGUUUUGCACUACAAAUUUAAAGAGAAAAAACAGGGUUUAGGAGAGGAAAUAAAAGGCACUUGGGCAAAAAUUGCGAAUAUAUGAAAUGAAUUUGGUAUGUUGUCUUUGUCCUGUAACUACAAACUUCAAGGGAAAGGGGGAUUAUCCUGAGGCACAGAAUUUUGGAAAACUGCUGCUGUUGAACUGUAUUGUUGUACAUAGGCUACUGUGGGACAUAGGAAGAGCUUUAUUAGAUAGGACUCUCGGAUGGUGACCCAAACAGUAGCAAACAAAAUUAAGGUUACCAUUAAGGUUAUGGAUAAUUAAAGUUAUCCAUAAAGGUUGCCUUUAUGGAUGUUCUGAUACCCAUACAGACAUGAGAUAAGAACUGGCUUCACCCUCCUUCACAAACAAUAGGUUACUUAAAUCAGUUCUAUGUCUUCAGCUGAUAAGAGCUUGCAUUAUUGUCUUCUCAUCGUCGCCCACAAGGAAGAGUGGUUGUGUACAAAUAUAUGCCGUAGUUUCAACUUGCCAACAUCCAAAAUGUGUGACAUGAGCUUUUGGAGGAUGUGUGAAGGAGAACAAAAGUGAAAGAUACAAGAAUAAACUAGAAAUGAGUUGAGUUUAAUUUCUGGAACCCAAAAGGACAUCCCUGUUUUCAUCAGAGAAAUGUUGGGGGGGUAUAGAAUAGGGUGUCCCUAUUUUCGGAGAAAUGUUGGGGGGUAUGCACUUCAAGUAAGAAAACGAUUGCUCAGCUGAGCGAUUUGUGACCGUGAAAAAUCCAGAAAUGGAGAAUUUCUGUGGUGUCCCUCUUUCCCUUGAUGGCCCUAAGCACGUGCUUCUUUUUCUCAGUAGUUAAUCCAGCCUUGCCAAUGGCUCCCAGCAAACUCUGCUUAAGUUAUAAGGUAAAGGUAAAGGGACCCCUGACCAUUAAGUCCAGUCGUGACCGACUCUGGGGUUGCGGCGCUCAUCUCGCUUUAUUGGCCGAGGUACAGCUUCUGGGUCAUGUGGCCAGCAUGACUAAGCCGAUUUCUGGCAGACCAGAGCAGCGCAUGGAAAUGCCGUUUACCUUCCCACCGGAGCGGUACCUAUUUAUCUACUUGCACUUUGAUGUGCUUUCAAACUGCUAGGUGGGCAGGAGCACGGACCGAGCAACGGGAGCUCACCCCGUCGCGGGGAUUCGAACCGCCGACCUUCAGAGUCCUCGGCUCUGUGGUUUAACCCACAGCGCCACCCAUGUCCCUGCUUAAGUUAUAGCUGUGGGAAAUUCAGACGAGGUAAUCAUGAGCCUACUAACUCAGAGCAAACUACUAACUGCUGCCUCCAAAAAAUGUAUGUGAAGCCGGAUAGAAGAACACUUUCCCUUGACGUCAAAGUGAUCUGAAAGUUCACACCCACGUUAGACCUGGUUUGCUUUCUCUUGUUAUCAUAAAACAAUUCCACCUUUGUUGGCUCAAAACAGUCCUGCUGGAAGCCAGAAGCUUCCUUACCCAGCCGUGUCAAAAUCUCUCUUACUUACUUCCCCACCUUCUCUGACUGGCUAUAGUUUCCUGUUCAAGCGGCAGACCACACACAAACCCUGCCGGCAUCAUGGCAAGAUGUAGCACUGUUUCGUGGAUACAACUCAUCUGCUUCUCCAGCGUGCUUUGCAAAGGAGUUUUGUCCUUGGAUCAUGUGCCAAUGCUGCUCUGGUCGACACACAGGUGAGACUUUCUGAUAAGCCUCAGUACAGUCCAUUUUAGAACGCUGCUCCUUACCUUUAAAAAAGGCCUAAAACCAAGAGAUGGGAAAUUGUGGCCCUCUAGAUGUUGCUGGAUUCCAGCCCCGCAACAGCCUCAGCUGGCAUGCCCAAUGGUCACAGGUGGUAGGAGUCGGGGACUAGCAUCAUGUAGAGCAGGGGUAGGCAACCUAAGGCCUGGGGACCGGAUGCGGCCCAUUCGUCUUCCCAAUCUGGCCUGCAGAUGGUCCGGGAACCAGCGUGUUUUUACAUGAGUAGAAUGUGUCCUUUUAUUUAAAAUGCAUCUCAGGGUUAUUUGUGGGGCUUGCCUGGUGUUUUUACUUGAGUAGAAUGUGUGCUUUUAUUUAAAAUGCAUCUCUGGGUUUUUUGUGGGGCAUAGGUAUUAGUUCAUUCCCCCCCCAAAAAAAAUAUAGUCCGGCCCCCCACAAGGUCUGAGGGACAGUGGACCGGCCCCUUGCUGAAAAAGGUUGCUGGCCCCUGAUGUAGAGGACCAUAGGUUCCUUACCCCUAGCUUAAACGGUUUUAAGGCCAGGAUAUUUGAAGGUCUUAAAUCCCUUCCUCUGUGCUUCUGCCUACCUUGACCAUUCAGAUCCUUAGCACUGUUUCAUGUCAAAGGUUUGGUUGGUAGGUAUGCAGGAGAGGGGCUCUGCAAUGGCAUGCAGUCUCUAAGGCUAUGCUGAGGGGGAAUCUGUUUGUCCCCCCACCUUGUGCUGAUGGCCUUGUUCUAAGACAUUUCUAUUAUGGCACGUUUGAUUCUUGAGCCCUGAUAAUUUAGUAUCUGUUUUGGCCAGAUGGCUGUCCCGCCUCCACCUCCAUUAUGAUGUGUGUGUUGAUUUUAAUCUGGCACUACUAUUCAGUCACUAUAUGCACUGGUUAAGGCAUCAGGUUGGGUAGAUAUACAGUGGUACCUCGGGUUAAGAACUUAAUUCAUUCCAGAGGUCCAUUCUUAACCUGAAACUGUUUUUAGCCUGAGGUACCACUUUAGCUAAUGGGGCCUCCUGCCGCCACCACACGAUUUCUGUUCUUAUCCUGAAGCAAAGUUCUUAACCCGAGGUACUAUUUCUGGGUUAGCGGAGUCUGUAACCUGAAGCGUCUGUAACCUGAGGUACCACUGAAUAUAUAUUGCCUUGGAUCCCAUUUGUGAGCCAAGUCCAGGAAAUGGUCUGAGCUAUAGGAUGUCCAUAUUUUCGUUGGUGAAAUGCAACGGAACUGGAAGAACUGAACAUGUGAUUCCCAGGAGGUUCUCCAUUCUUGCAGUUCUGAAAUGAAAGGGACAGUCCCUUUCAAUGUGGGCAAGAGGGGUUCUGGAUGCCUGCCAGAACUCCGAGGCCCGAAAGAAAUAACUAGAUGGGGACAAAAUGCCAUGAGGAAAGGGGUGUAUCGCUUCUUCUUUCUGCCUCUGAAGAAGGACGCUUCCCUGUGUGGAGACCUCAAGCACAGUGUGUGCUAGCAGGAGGAUACAUUAUCUGGAAGAAAGCUAAUCAAUGCUUCCUCAGGAUUUGUGGGGUGUGGGGCUUGGGUCUGGCACCUUCCAUGGGACCCGCUAAACCUGGAACACAGAGGACAUGGCAACAUAAUUUUAUUAAGCUGUAUUGACUUGCCUUCUGUGGUGCAUUUGGCUGUUAACCAGAAUCACAUCUUCUUAGAUAAUUUUCUGCAAAAGCGGCUGAAUUUUUAAGUGCUGUCCAUGAAGAAAGAAUGGGCCAUGAUAAAGAGACUUGGUGGUUUUUAAUGGUAGGUGAGGUUGUUGUGUUGUUGUAUUAUAUUAUCUAUGUACAUCGAUUUACUUCUUGGAGUUAAGAAUAGGACUGGGAUAAAUUGUGUUCGCUGAGCCCGUAUUUUAUACAGUCUGUAUAUGAUGUUUGUUUGUUAGUGUGUGGUGUGCUAUGCCUAAUAAAGGAUUUUAAUUUACUUUAAUUUAAUUUUCUGCAAAAUGGAAAUAUUAACAACUUUUUAGGGCAAUGUGCCCUCUGCUGGUUUGGGGGCCCUGGAAAAUGGCCUACUUUGCUACCUGAUUGAGCCAGCCCAGAGCGUGUGUGUGUGUGUGUGUGUGUUUGUGAGAGAGAGAGGCUAAGUGCAUUUUAAAAAAACCUAAGUUCUGUAAUUUUGAAAGCAAAUAGUCAGUGGGGAAAAACAAUAAUUUAUUCUGAAAUAACACUGCUUAUUAAAAAUGAAAAUGCUUUCAAGUCCCCUUCGCCCUUUAUCCUUAUCUGAUAAUGGCUGCACCUGUUGUCACCACAAACAGGUGAAACAGGAGCUCUUCUCUGUAGAAAUAAGAUGACCUAGAAUUAGAAAACUUCAGUUCAUGCAGGUAAUAAAGCCAGGCUUCUCCCUGAAGAACAGCCAGAAACUUGCUCCGUGCAGUUUCUUUCUCCCCGAUUCCAUAUUAAAGCCGGUUUGUGUUUGUAGUGUGAUGCAAUCAGGAAUCCGUGAACUUUGAAUUUCAAGAAUCCAACAGCCUGACCUAGGAGAUGUUUGACAACAGGAAGGGGGAGGGUGAAGAAGGGUGUGGUUGUCCUUGAAGUAUCUCCACUAUUAUGGUGUCAAGAAGCUCUGCUGAGAUAGGAAAUGACUCCUGUGGUUUGAACUGUGAUUGUGGGUGGGACAACCAUUUCGUGCAUAGUUUUGAUGUGCCCAUAAUGCAGGUCUGGACAGAGGAUGCCCAUAUCCUAUUUCUACUUGAAGACAUUAUUCAGAAGUGGCCUGUGGUCCUCCAGAUUCUUUCGGACUCCAGCUCUCAUUAUCCCUGGCCCGCAUGAAACAUCUGGAGAGCCACAUGUUCCUCAUCCCUGUUCUGUUUGAAAGUCCAUUCAGUCCUAAAUCUGGUUCCCUAGUUGGUCAGGGAGCAGAUUGGGGCAGAGAAAUCUUGUUGGGUCAAGCAAGGGAAAAAUCAAAGGUUGAAGAACUGCCAGAUUCAUGUAUAUUUCCUCCCUUCUCCUUCCAUCAGUCUAUUUUUUUAAAAAAAAAAUCCCUUCCAACGCUUCCAAUGGAAGGGGAUAUCGUUAUGCCAGCUCUGCAGAUGUUUGGGGAAUGUGGCAGGGAAAUUAAAUAAGCCACACCAACCCCUCCCUCAGAGCACACACACACACACACACACACACACCCUUGCUGUUGGUGCACUAACAGCAGAGUGGCAAUAGCUGUAGUCCUUUUCACGCUACCUGGGCAGAGGGACUCUCCCUCUACUGCCAUGGCCACAGAGAUCCACAACAUGUCAUGGCCCCUGAGGGACCACACAGUUGCACCCUUAAUUCCUUUUUUGCAAGUACCUUUCAAAACCUGCAGAGAGCAUGCACCACCUGAAAAGAGGGAGAAGAGGGAAUGCCUUUAUUAUUAUCUUACAUGGUGAAACAAACCUGCUCUGCCAUCUAACACAACAAUGCACGCAUCUCCAGAGGCAAAUGUGUGCAAAUUCAAUCAAGCUAGAACUCAUACAGUUCAUUGACUAAGGCCCCCCUCACCCCAGUUAGAUAGCAGCUCUAAGAAAUGCUCACUACCACCUCUUGCUCAACGUAGAAAAGGUCAGUUUGUUUAUUUCUAAAAAAUGCUAGUUUGCUAGCAGGGGCGGAGGAAGGGGGGGUGAGGUGGGUGUGGCCCACCACGGGUGUCACCACUGAGGGGGGUGACAAAAUGAUGGGUGGCACUCAUCGCAGGGCCUGCAGCAUGCCUGAGCCACGUGUCUCUCCUGGAAUAGAUGCGGUGGCUUGCACGUGCGCAGGCUCCACGCUGCCCAAGCAGUCCUCCCGCUGCCUCUCCCCCUGUCACGGUCCAGUUUAGGUGCAGUCAAAAUCCUGGUAGAGGACAUCGGGACUGGGGGCAAGACAGUGGAGUAGGAGCAGGAACAGGAGUCAGGAAGCCAAGGGUCCGAGAGCCAGAAGCCAAGAAGCCAAGGGUCCAAGGAUCAGGAAGCAGGGAGUCAAGAAGCCACACGUGGCAAGGCAGGAAGCAUGUUGCUGUGUCAAAGAGCCAAAGGGAAAUGCUGACCUUAUAUCCCUUCCCGGCUCUUGCCACCAGGUGCUGUGAGUUACCAAUCGGCCUCACCUGUGCGGCCGCGCCUUGCCUCUUGAGAACAAACUUAGGAAAGCCCCAGUCCUGCAAAGUCCUACCCGUCACGGGGCCUGGCUUCUGCACGCACUCCUGACACCCCCAGCCCUAUGGAUUGCUCACCCCACCCCUGGGUGCGCCGCCCCAGGUGCCCGAGCAGCUUCCUCCACCACUGUUUGCUAGCCAUAGAGUAAAGGUAAAGGGACCCCUGACCAUUAGGCCCAGUCGUGACUGAUUCUGGAGUUGCGGCGCUCAUCUCACUUUAUUGGCCGAGGGAGCCAGUGUACAGCUUCCGGGUCAUGUGGCCAGCAUGACUAAGCCGCUUCUGGUGACCCAGAGCAGCGUACAGAAAUGCUGUUUACCUUCCCGCCAGAGCGGUACCUAUUUAUCUACUUGCACUUCAACGUGCUUUCAAACUGCUAGGUUGGCAGGAGCAGGGACCGAGCAACGGGAGCUCACCCUGUCUUUGGGAUUCGAACCACCGACCUUCUGAUCAGCAAGUCCUAGGCUCUGUGGUUUAACCCACAGUGCCACCCGCGUCCCUCAGCCACAGAGUAGGUAGGAGCAAUUGUAAAGAAGGCCGCAUGCCUUGUUCUUUUGAAAUAUCCAUAGCGUUCAAUCAGAGGAAACCUUUGACAGUUUGUAUAGUGACGGCCUGCUUUUGUGCCAAGAUUGGGAGUGAAAGAAGCUCCUAAAUGAUUUCCCCCGAUUUGACAGUGCCACUCUGACCAAUAUUUCCCCCUUCCUGCUUAAAAGAGAGAUGCGGGCUGUUUUAUUUGGCAUAUGGAAUGAUCUGGUGAAUACCAACAAGGUGAGCUAUCUGACUGCAUGGGCAAGAGAUUUUUCUUUGAGGAAUCAGACGUGCUAAAUUUGAAGAUGACAUUUCAUAUCAGACCAUUGUUGGGUUGCCACUCCAAAUAAAAUUCCCUCGGCUAGAAGUGAAUUGGGCUGUCACAGUCAUAUCACUCAGCGAGAUGCUUCGGUACCUGUUUGAAAUUCCACUAAAGCAGCCGCUUGUUUUAAUUAUGUAGCUCCAACUGCCGCCGUCGGCAACCGGAGCAUCUUCCGUCGGUUUCUAGCAGCCGAAUACAGAUCCUGAAAUUGUUUUAAUUGGGGCAUCUGUUUACAUGAGACCGAGCAGGAGAGGAGUCUUCUUGUUUGUUGGCCUUCUCCUGGUUGAAAACCAUACCAAAAAUGACCAAAACUUAACAAAUCUGCCACUGUUUGGGCUGAUAGAUAACUUGUGGACUUGCAAGCUCUAAAUGUUUGGUUGGCAAAUUGUUUGGCCGGAAGUGACUAUGGACAGUUGCAGAGUGGGAUAGUGAUGGUCCUUACCUUUCAGCAGUUUUCUAGAUGCCAAGAAUAGUAUUCCUUCUCCUUUUCUCUCAUCUAAAGCAGGUCUGCAACCACAUAGAUCAGCUUUCCUCAUCCUGGUGCUCUCCAUGUGUCUCUGCCUACAACUCCCAUCAACCCCAGCCAGUGAAGCUAUGCUCUCAAUAGCCUCACCAUCGUAUUCCCAUGCUGGCAGUGGCUCAUGGGCAUUGUAGUCCACAGCAUCUGUCAGGGGUGGACUUUAGUAAUCUUUCAUAAUAGGGAGCCAUGUAAGACAAAAACCUGGCGCCCACAAAUGGAUCUUCUCAAUUUUGCAUCUUCUCAAUUUUGCAUCUUCUUGGCUUGGCACCCUGUGGGGGGAAAUCACCUGCACCACCCAAAAUCUAGAGGGCACCAAGCUGAGAAAGGUUGACCUGGAAAUAACAACAUGGGGGGGGGAGGAGGUUGGUAGAAGAUUGGCUUCCACCAUUCGUCUCGAAAAUGCAAAACAGCUCUGAAAGAAAAACAGUUGUUCUAAGAGAAGGAUUCUAAAUAGGCCAUGAACCCAUGAGAAGUAAAAUGAGCUGCAUUUUAACAAUGAAUCCUAGUUUUCCAAAAGUUUUCUGUGCUCAUAUCCCUUCAAAUGUAAUGUCAUUUAUUAUUUUUGUUACAUCUAAUUAAUUCUGAUUCAUGUUUCACAUAUUAUUUUUAAAUUAAUAGCAGAUUUUUUUAAUUAAAUAAAAAACCCUUGGAAAAAUCCAUCUGUGAGUAUUUAUUUCACACAAACUUGUGCUAUUUUCACACAUUAUUUAAAACAAAAUAGAUGGGUGUUUGUUCUCUACAGAAUCAUUUUGGAUGGUGUUUAUUUAUUUCUCUGCUCUGAUGUGAACCACGUAGAUAAUUUAACAAAGCCAAAAAUGCUACCGUGGACCCAAAACACCAAUGAGCCCUCAGAGAUUCUACUAACUAAAUUAAAGGAAGAACUUACCUUGAUUUAGAGAGCUUAUCAGAUUUAUAAAGCCACUUACAGAACCUGUAAAAUAUAAUUAUAUUAGUCUGAAUUAUAUAUUUGUAAAACAUGCAGAUAAACAUAAUCCCAUGUAACCACAUAUAAUUAGCUCCUUCAACCUGAAAUCUUAUACACACUUAGGAGUAGGGAUGGCUGAACUAAUUUCAGUUUGCCUCAGUUUUCCCCCCAUUUGUUCAUUCUUCAGUGCUGUUUGCCACAUUUUUACAUCUGUUUAUUUUAUUUUAAAAAAGAAACCACACAUUUCUCCCACUAAACAUGUCUCUAUUUGCAAUUUCCCUGUAUCUACAGAUUUUUCCAAGCGUUUCCCCUCAAUAUGAUGCAUUUUAUUUGCUUUCUUUUUGGAGAAAGUGUGAAUUAGAUAGGAUGUCACAGAGCAAGCUUGCCAGUAAACCACCCAGUUCAAAACUAGCGCUGACUCUUUAUUAGCGAAAAAUGAUCGCCACAGACUUGGCUGAGUGUCAGGCCUAAGGAGCACAACACCUCAUGCCCUGUCGGCCCUAAGCCACGGGUGUCAAACACAAGGCCCGUGGGCCGAAUCCGGCCCGCCAGACCUCGUCAUGUGGCCCGUGUAGCCGCCGCUGGCCACCAGCCUUCACCUUUUAUUCUCGCUUUUUAUUUUUUUUUAGGAGAAAGCUUGUGUGUAUUCAUUGAGGGAAAGACCGGGGCAGGGGGGGGGGUUGGCAGCACCGCACAUUCAGAGAAAAGGAGGCCGGCCCCGGGGGCGGGCUGAUGCUUUCACAUGACUGACUGGCUCGAGGUUGUGCAAACAAGGCUGGGCUUUCCCUCCGCACGAAAUCUGGCUGCCGCAGCGCCGCCUCUUCGCUUUAGCGCGCAGAAGGCGAAGCACACGGGAGUCCAGUCCGGCUACGAGCAGCAAAGCGGGAAAGGAGGCACCGCGCCAUCCCAUCCCUUCCUCCCCCCCCCAGGAGAGAAAAAUGCCAGACAAGCCAUAGUGCAUUCCUAAAGGAGGGCUCUCCCCUUCACGCUGCCCAAUAGCAAGCCGCGACCGUUCCUGCUAGCCAAUGGCGAGGCGACAGAGGACUUUUCCAUUCAGUUCUGCGCUACAUUUCGGGGGGUGGCGUUUUGCUGCGCCAGCCGGGCCCGGGGGCAGUGGCGUAGCGUGGGUUGUCAGCACCCGGGGCAAGGCAAGUAAUUUGCGCCCCCUAACCCGUGUAUUUGCGGCCUCUAACCCGUGGAUUUGUGCCCCCUAACCCUAACCCCCAGAGGUUGCGCCCGGUGCGGCCGCCCCCCCUGCACCCCCCACGCUACGCCACUGCUCGGGGGAUCAGAGCGCCGGAUUCGCACCGGCCUGACCCUGAUCUCAAAUACUCAGCGGCUCGCUCUGCAGAUCUUUCUCCGAAAAGCGGUUGUUGCAGCGAAAGAGAUGUCAGGUUAUAGGUUCCUCUCUCCGCGCCUCCCCAGUUGGCACCAGCGGCAAUCACGCGAAAAAGCGCACUGGUUUCUAAAGAAGUCUUGUUCCUCCCAAGGCACGUGUUGACUUUUUGCAGAGAGGCAGUUGCAAGGCGAGGAAAGCUCCUGGUAAUCAUAAAAAUCCCAUAAGGAUAAUUAAAUUGGGAUGGGGAAACUAGCUGGGAAUUGCAUUAGGGCCAUGAUCCACAAACCGCUUCCUUCGGAGCAAACACUUAAAUAAAUCCCAGUGGAACUUCGACCUUGCUUGUCGACAUCAUAGAGUGGUUACUGCUGUCGCAGUGUCUAUUGUUCAAGAAGUGGCAGUUUUAACUAUUUGCAGGCUACCGAUCCACAUCAGCCGCUAACGCAACAUAAGGAGUUUGUGGGUUGGUCUGAACGUGACCAUUUGUGCUCUGCGAGCAACCCCUCGCUGGAGAGAGGCUGUUUAGUGACAGAGCGCAUGCUCAACCCUCACUGUCACCUGAUAUGGCUGGGAAAGACUCUUGCCUGAACCCUUGCAGAGCCGCUGCUGGUCAGUGCCUGGCAGUGCCGGGCUAGAUGGACCAAUGGUCCGAAUCGAAUUGUUACAAUACCGAUGAGACAAAUACACCAGUCGAUGGCAAACCUUUAUUCUGAAUGUGGCGGUGAUUUGGAAUCACUACCCUGCUCCAGUUUCACCUUGUCAGUCACUAAUGCGGAUUAAAAUGCCACCCACACACGCGAAAGCACGUAUUGGAAAUCAGGCUUUGGUAGUUACAGCACGUUAACCAGUCUCGAGUAAGAUACCAGUACUUACUGCCUGGAAUAAAAUUGGCGUGAUGCAUGUGGGUACUGGGAAGACAAAAGCAAAAUACUGCUAGAUACAGGACUCGCGGGAUAAAGCCGUGUAUAAUUCCCCGAAGCAACAAUACCUAACAUUAUUACAAAAAACAGUAAUAAUUGAAUGCAGUGACAAUAAUUUAUGAUAAUAAAGAGUGGACACAUAGUCCUACAGAUACAACCGGCCCUUUGAGGGUGACCAAACUGCUGAUGCGGCCCCUGAUGAAUUUGAGUUUGACACCCCUGCCCUAAGCCAUGAAAUCAGUUGCCAAGAUUAAAGGUCCCUGCCUCUCCACAGCCAUCUAUGUCUCCUCCUCCCUGGGGCUCUUUCCAAGCAGUCGGAGAGUGCACCUGCAUGCGUCUUUGCUCUUCGCAUUUCAUGCCUCUUCUGGUUCUGGGAGUCAGGCAAGGAGGGGAGCUUGUCACAAUGGGGUGCAGGGAGACACCCGUGACUCUUCACCAGCCUGACUCCUCUCUGCUUCUUAACCUCCCUCCUUCCACUCGCCUGCUUCAGCUUCUCCCUCUGAUUCUGGACUUUCUAAGCCCCGUUGCCCCUUCAGCUUCCAACACCUCCUCUUCCUAGUCUUCUCCCUCUUUGACCACUCAUGUGCUGAAUUCUUCUGGGAACAAUGCAUGGAGAAUCAAUUCUUCUUUCUUUUUUCUUUAAAGUACUGAGUCAGUUUCCUAGGUGUAACCAUUUCCACCAAAGAUCCAAAGGGUGACCUACAACAUUGACACGAUAUAUUGAAGGAAGUCUAUCAUACAGUCCAUUUUUGAGUGAAGGCCAUGGCUCCUUCUUCCUCCAGCCCCGGAAAACAGCAAACUAUUAAAAUCCAAAGGCUUUAUGUGAGCAAACACAGAUGUGAAAGCCGAAUGGAUUGUGAAAAGGAUUAUUUCCAAAAUGAGCCCAAGUGUACUGACAUUCAGUGGUGUCUGUGAAUAACAGGAAGAGGACUUUGUGUGUGCCAUGCUUCUGUAUGCUUCUUCUUCUUCUUCUUCUUCUUCUUCUUCUUCUUCUUCUUCUUCUUCUUCUUCUGUGAUUACUCGUAGCCACGUAAGAUUGUCUUCCAUGAACACGGUUUUAACAGCGAGUCUGUAAGUGACUGUGGAGGCCAAUUCUGGACCCACACGUCCUUCCACAGUGGGGACAUAGGUUUCCAGGUGGGAGUUGAUCAUGGUGAGGGUUUGCUGAACGUGCCUUCCUCUUAGCACAUUUCUCUCUUUUGUCCUGAGUUCGAGCAUCUUCAAAGCCCAUGACAGCUUUGGUAAAGGCUGUUCUCUAAUUGGAGCACUUGCAGGCCAGUGUUUCCCAGUUGUUGGUGUUUAUACUACAUUUUUUUAGAUUUCCCUUGAGAGAGUCUUUAAACCUCUUUCACUGACCACCAGCAUUACGCUUUCCAUUUGUACGUUCGGAAUAGAGUAGUUGCUUUGGAAGACGAUAAUCAGGCAACCACACAACAUGACCAAUCCAACGAGGUUGAUGUUGAAGAAUCAUUUCUUUGACACUGGUGAUCUUUGCUUCUUUCAGUACACUGGCAUUUGUUCACUUGUCUUCCCAAGUGACGUGGAAUUCUUUUCGGAGAUACCGUUGAUGGAAUCUUUCAAGGAGUUGGAGAUGGCAUUUAUAAGUGGUCCAUGUUUCACUUUGUGUGUGCCAUGCUUCUAUAUGCAGAGGAGACCAGACUGUGUUAGAACUGCAAUGGGUUGAGAGAGAAAGUUUGACACUUCCCCCCCUGUUGCAGUCCCCACCCAAAAUUGUGUGCAUACACACCCCAAAGCUGCUAUUUUAGUUGGGGGUGGAGCCUCCACUGGCCCCAUGCAAUAGUUUAAGAACCCAAAGUCAGCAUCUGGCUGCUUAGUAAAUGGUGAGAUCAGCAGGGCUUGGCAGAUUGUACUAGCUGAAAAAUUAACAUCAUUUGGUAGUUUGAUCAGAAGGUUAAUGAAGAGAAAUCAGUUCAUGGCUAAACUGUUCCCAUUCAUCAUGAGUAAGAAUGAUGGGACAACUGAAUAUCAGCCGUCAACUUCUUUUGGGACUGAGUUAAAACAAGAAUAUAUUAACCAAACGUACAUGUUUAAUACACAGAAAUAAUGGUGCAGCCACAGGAGACCUGUUAUAGGGAAUUUUGUUUUGUUUUGUUAUAUGUUGUUAUUGCUCCCUGGGCUUUCAUUUUAUACAAAGCGUAAUUUAAAAAAUCAUCUUGCUUCAGUCUCAGAUUUGCUUAAAAGGUCAAGAGAUUAACCUAGCCUUUGUCAACCUGGUAUCGUCCACAUGCUUUGGACUACAAUUCCCAUCAGCUCUUGCCACCCCCUGCUGGCUGGGGUCGACAGGAAUCUCAUCCAGAGGGUGGCAAAACAAGAACAGGCCUUUUCUGCAGUGGCCCCCCUCUGUGGAAUGCUCUCCCCAGGGAGGUUUGCCAGGCACCAGGCAAAAACAUUCCUUUUUAACCAGGCCUUUGUUUGAUUGACAUCCUAUGCCCUUUAAAAAUGUGUGUGUGCGUGUUUUAUUGGGUUUUUUUAUUAUGUAUUUUGUGGUUUUAUAUUCUGAUUUUAUCCUGUGAACCGCCCUGACACCUUUGGGUAUAGGGCGGUGUCAGGGGUUCAGGAACAGAGGCACAGGGUAGGGAGGAGAUGGAGAGCGAUGGGGAUGAAUCCCAGGACAGCGAGGAAUUUGAUAAAUCGACCCAUCAUCAUAGAGAUUCCUUGCAUUUUCCUCUGUCACCAGUCACUUAACUAUCUGAAGCUGCCUCAAGAGUGCAAUGAAGGAAUGUUUUCCUUCAUCCUCGAAAUGAUGGAUCAGGAAGAACACACAAUAGCUCUCUGCUAGCAAAGCCCUGAUGUAUUUUCUCCUUGCUCUCCUGUGCACUGGGGGUCAUCCUUAUGAAAAUAAAGUUAAUAUAUGGUUUGUACACUGAUUAAGCAAAAUGUGCUGUGCAAUACCAGUUGCAUAAUGUUCAACAGUUCCUUCCGUUAAGAACAGAGAGCAAACAAUUCAGAAUUCUGAUGGCUUUCGCUGGUGAGAUUUUACAGGUUUAUUUAUAUCUUCUGCUCCGAACACUGUGAUAGUAGAUGUUUCUUUGUCUGCAAGUUCUAGACAUAGCUCUGAAGUAAUUUCUAAUCUCAUGGGCUAUGUAUGUGCCUAUUUAAUGUCACCUUCAAGACACAAAUGAAUUUGCAGACGGUAAAUGGAACAUGUUUUAAAAUGCUUAUGGAAGCAACUCAUGGGAAAACAGCUUCAUAUUGUGUUACGUAACUCCUCUUGCACCCUCACAUGAAAUGGCUGGAAUUCAUUUCACCAGCAGAAUCAAAAGAAGAUUUACAACAUUAUAUGCAUUCACAUUUUUUUUUAAUAUUAGUUUUUCAAAUAUAUAAAUAGUUCUCAGCUUAUGCGUUUGUUUUCAUGGAACCUGCCACAAAACUAGCCUACUUUAAAGUUGCACGCUGUGUGUGAGAGAGGGAGAGACAUUCCUGAGCAGAGAUGGAGACAUGAUUGUGUGGUUGUGCACAAGUGAUGAGAUAUAGGGACAUGUAUGUGUGUCUGCAGCCUCUCUGUAUGGUGAGUGCAUGUGUGUGCUCUCUGUUUGUGCAGGAGAGUGUGUGGUAAUAAUAAUAAUAAUUUAUUUAUUUAUUUAUAUCCCACGCAUCUGGCUGGGUUUCCCCAGCCACUCUGGGCGGCUCCCAAAAGAAUAUUAAAAACACAAUAAAACGUCAAACAUUAAAAACUUCCUGAAACAGGGUUGCCUUCAGAUGUCUUCUAAAAGUCAGAGUUGUUUAUUUUCUUGACAUCUGAUGGGAGGGCGUUCCUCAGGACAGGCACCACCACAGAGAAGGCUCUCUGCCUGGUUCCCUGUAGCCUCACUUCUCGAAGGGGGGGAACCACCAGAAGGCCCUCAGAGCUGGACCUCAGUGUCCAAGCUGAACAAUGGGGGUGGAGACGCUCCUUCAGGUAUACUGGUUCGAGGCCGUUUAGGGCUUUAAAGAUCAGCACCAACACUUUGAAUUGUGCUUGGAAAUGUACUGGGAGCCAAUGUAGGUCUUCCAGGACCGGUGUUAUGUGGUCUCGGCGGCCACUCCCAGUCAUCAGUCUAGCUGCCGCAUUCUGGAUUAAUUGUAGUUUCUGGGUCACCUUCAAAGGUAGCCCCACGUAGAGUGCAUUGCAGUAGUCCAAGAUGGUUGGCCAUCUUGUAUAUUUUCUUUGGUACCAGGAAAUGCUCCCUGUUGUUAAUAGGUGACAACAGCAUCAGUAUUUUGUGAUUGUGAAGGCCCGCAGGACAUAAUACUGGCUUCCCAUGGUAGUGGAGCUGGGGCAAGCACCAAUGACUCUCUCUCAUUUGGUGCAAUGCUCUAUCCCUGUGACAGACAUUGUGUGCUAGGCCACACACUUCACGGUGGCCAUUUUGUGACUGGGACCCUUGGCACCGGUCUCAAUUUUUAAGUCUUUAUAGCUCAAAGUGAUAAACAUCAUCUCUAAAAUGUUGUAAAUAAUAUUUUUAUUGUGUAGAAUUCAGUAGAGAAGCGGAAGGGGCAGCGGUAAGAAAGCCAUUUUCUAAUUUAUCAACAUGCAAGCAUCUGCACCUCUCUCUCUUUUACGAAAAGGAGUACAUACACACACACUUCACAAACAUCACACACAUGUACAAAUUGCUGUGCGAAAUUUUCGAUCCUGUUAAAAGAAAAGUAAACAGCCCUUUGAAAAAUUAAUUUCUUUCAGAUCCUUCCAAGGCUUGGCAACCACUUUACAUGAAGGGCAUGUUAUCUCAAAGCAUGAGCUGCACACAUUGCUGAAGCAAGCUCUGGCUUCUCCAGACCCCAGAAACGUCGCCUUGUUUCUUCAAGAUGCGGUAGGUGUCGGCAAUUUGUCUUGUCUCAUAGCCGAGGAGUGCAGCUUGUGUCUAAUGAGCCGAGAUGUCCCCCCCAGCGACCUAUGCUAUCUUUUUGUUUUGUUUUUCAGCUUAGUGUGGAUGACUUCACACGUUACGCCAGCUCCUCUGGAAAUGAGACACCGUUUCGCAAUGUUCAGGCAAGCAUAACUAUCUCAUAUGGCGUCUCCCAGCAGUUUUCAAAAGGAAAACAAAACGACACCUGAAAGGAAUGACAGAGACAUUGCAAUUCUGGUAACAGGCUGAAGGCUCUUUCCAGCUCGAGAAAGCAAUAGUCGUAAAAUAAACUUAAGCACCUGCAAUUUUCAGGAAAGUGUUUGACGUUACCCAAGACUUGCUGUUUCUUUCUGUGCGUGGAUCUUUGGCAAUGUGGGAGUUUCUCAGCUUCUGAGGGGUGGUUCAGUUAAGGAGAUUCUGCCAGGUUCAGAGGAAUAUUUUGUGAACUGAAUUAAAGGUGAUAACUAAGGGCUGUAUUCAACUAAAUUUUACACACGGUAGACCCAUUGAAAUGAAUGAAUUUACUCUGAGUUGAAUACCUACGUUUCCACUGGAGUUAAAUGAAUGAUUGGUAGAAGAAUUCUCAUUCCAGCAAUAGGGCAUAUUUUAAAAAACAAACAAACCUGGAUGAUAGGAAAUCUAAAUGCUUUAAGGAAUGUAGUGAUGCUAAUUAUCCAUUGAUUUGAUGAUGCUCACAUAGCCAUUACCUGAGAGGAAACAGAUGGCUCUUUGAUCUCCUUUUAACAAAGAGUACUAAUGAGUCUGUGUUUUGGAAAAUGAACAUGUACUGUAACUAAAAUACUUAUAAACAGGAAUGGGGAACCCCAAGCCACGGCCAGAUUUCUUAGGGAUGUAUGGAUCCGCUCCUGGCCAUCAGUUGUACAGUGGGGAGCAGAUUAGAAAGGAAAGGACUUUGCUGUUGUAGAAUCAUAGGAUUGUAGAGUUAAACGGGACCACAAUGCCCUGCAAUGCAAGAACCUUUCACCCAACAUGGGGAUUGAACCCAUUGCCCUGAGAUUAAGAGUCCUAUGCCCUAUCAACUGAGCUAUCCAGCAACUGAGGCUGGAUAAGAUCUGUAAGAAGAUCAGCUGCGAUAAAUGUCUCAGAGGUUUUGUGUUCCUUGUAAAUAUGGAAAAAGUAGUCCAUGCAUUUUGCAAGUGCAUGCAAUUUUGGGUAUGCAAUUGCAUCUUGAAGCAUGAGGCUUUAAAUACAGUAAAAUAGGACCUGGGCCAGAGAGAUGUGGAGAUCUGUGUUAUCACCUGAACCUCAGGUCACUUCACUGCCUGGCGACUGUAAUAAUCAUCAUGAGAGAAUUGCGUGGUGUGUACCCGCCUCUCCCCUUGGAAAAUAAAGACACAAGCCACAGCAUUUAAGGUUAAUGGGCAAAAAAAGGCCACAACUUUAUUGAUUGCAGGAAUUGAGCGGUAUUGGCUUAGGCAUUGGUUCUAUCGACUAACCGGCUUCAGCCUGAUUGCUUGAAGACCGGCAUGGGUUAACCGCCAGCAGGGGGAGUCCUGCUGAUGUACAUCAACUAGGAGCUCCCUCAGGGUCACUGCUCGGGGGCAUGCCUUAGGCCCACACCUCCAUAGGCUUCGGACAGGGCAACACCCCCCGGAAUCCUUUACCGAACUACCCUUCGAUUUGGGGGAAGGUGAUGGCGCUUCCUCCUCAUCUGAAUAACAAUACCCUUACCAAUGCCUAACCGCCAUUGCCAAGGAAGUUGUGACAAUUUGCUACGAGGUAGGUGAAAAACCAAAUGGCUGGUGCCAAUUUGCCAAGUGGAAAAAAUUCCUACCAGGCCCCUUGACGGCAACCAACCGAAGUCCAUAUCAAGGUCAAAGAGCCAAACCUAAGGGCGGGUGGGGUGGGAAACCGGAGCAGCUGGAGCGAAGAAGAGAGGGAAAUCCUCGGCUGCGCCGGCCCUAAAUAGCCCGGGGCGAUUGGCUGGCCAGGGAGAUGACGCGUCCGAGGAUUCCCCCAGUCUCGCGGGGGCUGUGAUUCAGCCCCCGCACAUGUGGGGAGGGCGUGGAGCCCACAACCCCACCUCCUCUCCAGCUCGGAAGUGGCUUUGUGAGGCUUCCUUAAAACUGCUAGUAUGCCACAUCAUAGGACAGGACCAUUUGUAGUUCACACACACACACACACACACACACACACACGAACACUAUUUUAAACACAAGGUUGACUUUUUCAUCAACCUAUAAACUGCUUGCAAAACAGCCAAUUUUCACAUGUACACACAGAGAUUAAUUAACCUCCCCCCCCCAAAUAAAAACAUUCAGAAAAUUGUGAACACUUGAACAUUUUUUUUGUUCAGCUUGAUGAUGAUGAUGAUUAUCGGGUUGUUUAUAUAAUGAAAUUGCAUGUCAAAUUCUUGUUGAGGAUAACAGAGUUUAUUUUGCAUAAUGGAGGCUCUAAACGACUGUAAUCAAGCCUAUCAGAGUAAAAAAGAAAAAGAAAGCAAUCAUUCCUGCUUUAAUCAUCCAAUUCAUAAUUAACUGUUCUUUGUGCUUACUACAGGAACUUCUGAGGCCUUCAUCAUCUUCUUUAGUCUUGCCAGCUGUGGACUGCCAUGCCGUGAGUCACCUUUCAGUGUACCUCCAAGAAACGCUGAACUGGGCCUUGGUAAAUGUAGACGGCAAAGAAACAUCCCAGCUGAUGGUUAAUGGAUCCAAACCCAAUGUGUUUGUGAUAAAGCUACCACUGACCAGCAGGUAUGAGGUGCUGUAAAGGCUAUUAUUAUUAUUAUUAUUAUUAUUUAUUAAAUUUGUAUGCCACCUGUGGAAAUAAGGAUGGAUGACAUGGGAGUUGAAUGCAUGUGACCUGUGCAGGAGCAAGCAAGCUGCCGGCUAGCUUCGCAGAGCCUCUUUUUAUUAGCAGAAAUCAAAAGUUGGAAACAGUAGUGAAACCACUCUGAACUUAACAAAUUUCCAGCAAGGCACAUUUCCAGCGUUAGCAAUUGACAUGUCAAACCAGGUCCUUCCCCCAAAUGUUCCCCUGAUACUUGAUAACGGCUGCCUUCAGCUAGUUUGGUGUAGUGGUUAAGAGCGGUAGACUCGUAAUCUGGUGAACCGGGUUUGUGUCUCCGCUCCUCCACAUGCAGCUGCUGGGUGACCUUGGGCUAGUCAUACUUCUCUGAAGUCUCUCAUCCCCACUCACCUCACAGAGUGUUUGUUGUGGGGGAGGGAGGGAAAGGAGAAUGUUAGCCGCUUUGAGACUCCUUCAGGUAGUGAUAAAGCGGGAUAUCAAAUCCAAACUCUUCUUCUUCUUUUUCUUCUUCUUCACUCGUCAUGCUCCAGCCAAGUGGAACAUUAAGCAAAGCUUUCUGCGAGGGAGGCUAAGGGCAGAGACUGGGCAUGGCGGCUAGACACGCUGUGGCAUGUCGUAUGCUUAGGUGGGGGUAUGCCCCCAUGCUGCAUCCGCCAUCCCCACACGACCCUUCAUCCAGAAAUCUCAGGAAGUUCACAGCACUCUUGCAUGCAUGUACAAAACUCUUGUGGCUUUUUACGCAGGUCUUAUGUAAGAAUCAUACAUGUAGCAGACUCACUGAAAUGAAUGAAACUAAGUUAGUCACAUCUAUAGGCGUUUUCUGUGUAGGACUUGCAUUGGAUACAGCUCAUAGAUACAGCAUCUCCACCCCCUAUUAUUCAGCCCGGAUGCUGAAAUCCAGCUCCGAGGGUCUUCUGGUGGUUCCCUCACGGUAGAGAAGAGAAGCUACAGGGAACCAGAAGUGAGCAUUCCAACUGGAGAACAGCCUUUACCAAAGGUGUCAUGGACUUCGAAGACACUCAAACUCAGGACAAAAGGGAGAAAUGAGCUAAGAGGAGUGCACAUUUGGCAAACCCUCACCGUGAUCAACUCCUGCCCGGAAACCUAUGUCCCCACUGUGGAAGGACAUGUGGAUCCAGAAUUGGCCUCCACAGUCACUUAUGGAAUCACUGUUAAGAUCGUGUUCAUGGAAGACAAUCAUACUUGGCGAUGAGUGAUCACCAAAGAAGAAGAAAGACAGGGAACCAGGCAGAGAGUCUUCUCGGUAGUGACACCCGCCCUGUGGAACACCCUCCCAUCAGAUGUCAAGGAGAUGAGUAACUAUACAACCUUUAGAAGACAUCUAAAAGCCCAGUAUACCUGAAGGAGUGUCUCCACCCCCAUUGUUCAACCCAGACACUUGAGGUCCAGCGCUGAGGACCUUCUGUGGUUUCCUCACUGCGAGAAGCAAAGUUACAGGGAACAAGGCAGAGGACCUUCUCGGUAGUGGUGCCAGCCCUGUGGAACGCCCUCCCAUCAAAUGUCAAAUAAAUUAACAACUAUCUGAUGUUCAAAAGACAUAUGAAGGCAACCCUGUUUAGGGAAGUUUUUAAUGAUUGAUGUUUUAAUGUAUUUUUACUCUUUAGUUGGAAGCUGCCCAGAGCGUCUGUGGCAACCCAGCCAGAUGGGCAGGGUACUACUACUACUACUACUAAUAGUAGUUGUUAUGAUGAUGAAAGGUUUUGACCACCAGAUACUGCCUCCUAUGAUGUUCCAAAAGUCCAAGACUGCCACACGUUAUGUUAUCACUUCUUUAAUUAAUGCCAAGGCACUCUGGUUUCUAUAGCCUGGGGUGGAGAACCUGUAGCCCUUCAGGUGAAGUUUGAUUUCAACUUCCAACUCCCAUCAGCCAGCGUGACCUCUGAGCCAGACAACUCCCAUCAUUCUUGACCAUUGGCCAUGCUGCCAGGGGCUGUUUAGAGGUGUAGUCCAAAACACCUGGACUACAAGUUGAAGAAAGCUGAUCAAGGAUUUUGGGAACCAUAGUCCAACAAGUUCCAGAGAGUCACAGGCUCCUCCAGUCUGUGUUAUGAAUUUAUGGUGUGGACAUGACCUUUGAGAAUCAUCUUUCCAAGCUUCCUGGAGAUGACGGGUAUUGAACCUGAGUCCUUCCACAUGCAAAAUUUAUGUGCUAUGAUUGAUCUAUGGGCCUUUCCCUAAGGGGAAGAACCCCUUACACUGAGGAACAAUGUUAGGAAAAACAACAUGCCAAACACAUUCCAUAUUAUUAAAUUUUCCAAGUGCAUCAUUUGAAUAAAGCUGGGAGGCGAGUCAUUCAUCUUGACUCCUAUUGCCUGACACAAGAAGCAGGCAAAAAUAAAAUAGGUGACACAUUUGUAAAUGAUAAAUGGAUUUUUUUUAAAAAAAGGAACCCUGAACAAUUCUGUGAAAUCCAGUAUCGUCUAAGUAAACAGAAAAAAAGAUAUUGAUAUAAUAAAAAUGUUUUAGAUGUGCUGUGUCUCUUUCAAUAUCCGUAACCUCCUAAGGUUCUGUUCACCUGACUUACGCCAUCAUCUGUUGUAUGUUAACAGUCAGCACAGAGUGAUUUUUCACCUUCAUAGUAAUAUGGUGAACCUGCCUUCUGAAUAUUUUAUCCUCUGGGACAACCACAGAAAAAUGAAUGCAUUCCAACCGACAGGUAAAUUUAUUGCCUUAUCAUGUAGCAUCAUAUUCAGAAGACAAUUUCAUGUCUCGCAUUUUCUUAGAAGGCUUUUUGGAAUGACCCCUGAGAAUUCACACACACAUGCAUGUAUGUAUGCACGCAUAUACACAACUCUGAAUGGUUUGAGAGUGCUUCUUGUGAUUUUUAUCCAAAUGCACCACCUCGCAGUGCAAAGCAAUCGCUUAAAAACCUCACCUAUGCAAGCAAUUCCACAGGCAUUGCCCUCUACCAUCUCCCAAUGCACACAACACGCAGAUACCAUACAGCCGGUUUCCUCCAGAGACACAUGUGUAUCUAACAUGCGUGCUGGAAUUCAACAACAUCCUGUGAGUGCACAGCACAGGAUCCUCACCUCUGGCUCCCAGAAAAGGUGGCACAACUUGAGAGAACCAGGUGGCAAUUUAAUGCAUCUUUAGCAUGAGGUCAACUUGGCUAAAGUUUGGCAGUUUUGCUUCCCCAAGCAGCUUGGCUAGACCUGGCUAGUUUGGGAGGUAUGCUUGGGGAUAAUUGCAUUGUCCCUUUCUGAACAACUCAAAUAGUUUCGGUGGCACAUGUGGGGGCAUGUUGGCGCUAGUCUCCCCUUUACAGAGGACAGCAUUUCCAUUGCAAGAGUUGUCGGAAAGUGCGGUCCUGUAUCUAAAGUCCAAAUAUGUUUUAAAUGUAGAGAACUAUAAGACAGGAGAGCAGCAGGGGCCUUGAGGUUACUAAUCAACAGCACACCUACCCAGUGGUGGAGGAAGACUCUCGGGCACCUGGGGCGGUGUGCUCAGGGCGAACUGCCCAUAGGGGCAGGGUGAACUGCCCAUAAGGACAGGGCGCAUGGUGCCCAGAAGAAGAAGAAGAAGAAGAAGAAGAAGAAGAAGAAGAGGAGGAGGAGUUUGGAUUUGAUAUCCCACUUUAUCACUACCUGAAGGAAUCUCAAAGCAGCUAACAUUCUCCUUUCCCUUCCUCCCCCACAACAAACACUCUGUGAGGUGAGUGGGGCUGAGACACUUCAAGAAGUGUGACUAGCCCAAGGUCACCCAGCAACUGCAUGUGGAGGAGCGGCGACGCGAACCCGGUUCCCCAGAUUACAACUCUACCGCUCUUAACCACUACACUACACUGGCUCCCUCCCAUAGGGAGGGACAGGAUGGGCAGCGCCCAUAGGGACGUACGGGGCACACGGCACCCAUAGGGACAGGGCGUGCCGUGGGGCCUCAGCUGUCCUACAUCUGGGGGGAAGAGGCAGUGGGCAGACAGCGUAGAGUGUCACGGUCCAGUUUACAGGCGGUCAAAGUCCUGGCGGAGGACGUCCGGACCAGGGGCAAGAUGGCGGGGUGAGAGCAGGAACGAGAGUCCAGAAGCCAGGAGUCCAGAAGCCAAGGGUCAGAGAGCUGGGAGUCAAGAAGCCAAAGGUCUGAGGAUCAGGAAACCAGGAGUCAAGAAGCCAAACGCAGCAAGCCAGGAAGUGUGUUGCUGUGGCAAAGAGCCAAAGGGAAAUGCUGACCUUAUAUCCCUUCCUGGCUCUUGCCACCAGAUGCUGUGAGUUAUCAUUCGGCCUCACCUGUGCAGCCACGCCUUGCCUCUUCAGAACAAAUUUAGGAAAGCCCUAGUCCUGCGAAGCCCUACUGGUCACAGGGCCUGGCUCCUGCCCGCACUCCUGACAUAGGGCCCGUGGGCACUGGAGACACAUGGCUUGGGAGUGCUGCAAGCCCCACAGUGAAUGCUGCCCGCCAUUUUGUCACCCCCCUCAGUGGUGACACCCGGGGUGUGAGCUGCACCUAUUGCACCCCAUUUCUACGCCCCUGCACCUAUCUGUUCAAGGGCGACAUCAUGGCCCCUAUUUUUCUUGGACUAGAUAAACUAAAAUUACGUAUUAUGCAAGAUACCUAGAUUGCAUUGAAUGGCUCUGUUGGACUACCCUGAAUGGACUUGUUAAUCUAAUACAGACAUUUCUGCCUCCCUGUCUUGCUCUUCAAACAUGAUCUCUCAUUAUAGGCUGUCCUAUAGGUGUUGUCAAUAGUCACAUUACGUAAAGUCAUUCAAUGGAGGCAUAAAUUAUUGAGUCUGACAAGGAUCUGAUUAUCUGUCUUAUCCAAUACCAGCUUGUUCUUCUGUCAGUUUACCCAUUGUUGGAUUUGUUUUUUAAUCAGCUUUUCCUUACUCAACAGCAAAUUACCCUGAAAACAUUAGGUCUCUUAGGAAGGCAAUCAUUGUUAAUAACAAAUCUAAGUUUUAAGGGGCCAGCCUAAACACAACGCAUUCAUUGUUUUUCCCCGUGGAAAGUUUUAUUAAUUUUUUAAACAAUAAAACAAAAAUUGCAAGGCAACAAUUUCAUCAAAAACAAGAAAGCUGGUAUACACAUUUACAUCCAGUUUAUAUAAUUUAUGGGUUGUGCAACUGUUUCUACAGUAUGUUAUCAAUGUACAUAUCCUCUUCAUAGGCUUUAUUGAGAUAAGGGGGGAGAAAACGAUCCCCCCCUUAUUAACAUAUGCAAAAAAGGAAGCCAUAUGUUGCCAAAAUUGCCAUUUUUUGUUAUCCCUUUUCAUACCCUCCAACAUAAAACAAAGGAAAAUCGGGAUGUGCCUUUUUGGGGGCCGUGCUCCUGUGUAAGUUGUGAUUUUUUGAGAACGCACCUUCCCCAAUUGCUCAUAUUUUGGGGCUGAGUUCUCGUGGGAGCCAGGUGACUUGUGUGAGAGCACGCCCCACACCCCAAAAUAGGCAUCUUGGAGAGCUGUGCUUUAACAGGAAACAAAACAAGACAUCCCAGGAUCCAAUCAGAAACCAGGAUGGCUUCUGUAAUUCCAGGAUGUCAAAGUGCAACAGUUGAGGGGCAUACCUUUCAUUGCUCUUCUAUGUCACAAUGCAUUCAUGUGGCUUGAGGGAAAAGGUUAGCUUCCCAAUGCCAUGGUCCCAAUCUGGAUAACCCCCUCCCCCCACUAAAUAGCCUUGGGACCCUGAUGUUGGGGGGCGGGCGUCAUUAACCCUUUAUCUCAUGCCACUGUCCGAUUCCCGUUUUGUAUUCUCCAUUUUGCAAUCUCUACCCAAGACAACUGGCGUCUUUCGGAAUUAAAUUAAACCGCUGAUUGAAGAUUAGAUUUCCAGCUCUGGAGUUAUCCUUGCAUUCUAUAUGUGAUCUGAUUUUGCAGCCCUCCCCUCUUUCUGGAAUACUGUUCCCUUACUGAUUCCCCUGGAUGCUUCAGUUUGGAACAUGCCCUGUCUAGCAAACCUAGAAUCAUAGAGUUGGAAGAGACCACAAGGGCCAUCGAGUCCAACCCCCUGCCAAGCAGGAAACACCAUCAGAGCACUCCUGACAUAUGGUUGCCAAGCCUCUGCUUAAAGACCUCCAAAGAAGGAGACUCCACCACACUCCUUGGCAGCAAAUUCCACUGUCGAACAGCUCUUACUGUCAGGAAGUUCUUCCUAAUGUUUAGGUGGAAUCUUCUUUCUUGUAGUUUGGAUCCAUUGCUCCGUGUCCGCCUCUCUGGAGCAGCAGAAAACAACCUUUCUCCCUCCUCUAUGUGACAUCCUUUUAUAUAUUUGAACAUGGCUAUCAUAUCACCCCUUAACCUCCUCUUCUCCAGGCUAAACAUGCCCAGCUCCCUUAGCCGUUCCUCAUAAGGCAUCGUUUCCAGGCCUUUGACCAUUUUGGUUGCCCUCCUCUGGACACGUUCCAGUUUGUCAGUGUCCUUCUUGAACUGUGGUGCCCAGAACUGGACACAGUACUCCAGGUGAGGUCUGACCAGAGCAGAAUACAGUGGCACUAUUACUUCCCUUGAUCUAGAUGCUAUACUCUUAUACCUAAAUCCUUAAAAUAAAAUUAAAAAACCCCCAGAGCUACCGGUAAGUUGUUUGGUUGAUAUAUUUCUGUGCUGUUCUUUUUUCUUUCCUGUGUUUUCAUUUUCAUUCAAGUCAUAGUAGUAUUGUUGUUUCAACUGCAAGUGGUAGGCCAUGUCAGUAUUCUUCCCCUUCCAACAUUUUCAAUUUCUUUCUUUCUAUGUUUCCCAUGUAGGACGAAUGACCUAUCCACACGAAAGCAAUUCCUGGAAAAUGGUAAGUGAAACAAUCCACAAGUGAGCCAGGUUGUUGUUAACAACAAUUAAGCAUGAAAGAUCAGCAUUCAGGGGGGAGAGAGGCUUUCAUGCAUAUUCCCUUGCUAGAGAAGGAAUAACGUGUACAAAGUGAACAGAGAUCUAGUGGUAGUGGAUCCACUGUGAUCCGCACCUACUCUGUGGAUAUGCGUCCCAUAGCUGUCAACGUUUCCCUUUUUAAAAGGGAAAUUCCCUUAUUCCGAAUAGGAUUCCUUGCAAGAAAAGGCAAAAGUUGACAGCUAUGAUGUGCCCUCUUGGGGUCAUAUGCCAGUUGAGCCCAAUAAUAAGCAACUGUACUUUUAUUUAAUUAAUUAGUACAGCAAUAUCUCUAUCAUAGAACUCAAGGCAUGAAACAUCACAGUUUCCCCAAAUUCAUGGUCAAUGGUCAGUGAUGUCAGACACUGUAGACCAACAACAUAUGGAGGACAACAUAUGGAGGAAUACAGAUCUCCUCUUAUUGUAAAGGAAUUUUUUAACCACUUCAUGUGUUAUCACCCCAGUUCACAUGUCAACCAGAUUCAUAUCUUAGCAAAAAAUUGAGCUGCCUGAAUAGUAUGUGGGCAGUGCUGGUGGUCUGCCUACUUCAUCUAAUCUUUCCCUCACUUCAACUUACUUUUUAAUCACUUUAAAUAGUCAGUAAACCUCUGGACCUUUUCUGAAGCAUUGUUUUGAUCGGGGAAACUUAGAUGUCUUACUUUGCUUUUGUAAUUUGUCAAGUACAUUGUUUAACGGUUAAUAUUUCAGUAUAAAUGAGCAUGGACACUUCUUUACUGCCUGAGAAUUGUUGCCUUCCAAGAUAUCAUAGCAAUUUUGCUAUGACAUUUAAUGACAUUGUUAAGCAGUUAUAAUAAAUUUUAUGUCUACAGACAAAAUAAUUGGAGAGUUUACUAAGUCUUUGCAGCAACAAGGAAUUGAGUCUGUGGCCAUUUAUACAGCAAGCCGACCUUCAAAGGUGAGUAUUUUCCAGAGCCUAGAGUCCUCAAAUGUUUGGCAUGUGGUAAAUUAGCAGAUAUAGUGUUUGAUUUUCCCCAUUUCACAAGUGUUGCGUUCGCUGUAUAUUAUUUUGCUCAGCAAAUGGGGUGAGACUCUGUGCUUAAAGUCAAAGCAACCAAGGCUUCUAGCAAGAAACUUAGAAUAUGAAUGUUACUAACAACGAUGAACACUUUAAAUAUAGCACUAAUGUUCUGCCAUAAGGAUUAGGCAACUGUUAUGUUUUGGGUGAAGGGACAGUCCCCACAUCAUAACUUCAAACAAGACACAAGAUUUGGUAAGAAAAAUGAAAUAAGAUGGGUUAUGUUUUUACACUGGUAGGGUUAUUGGCCCCUGGAGUGCUCUCAGACAGAAAAACAAAUGGCUUCUAAUGUGCACACACAGCUGUGUGGAAACAGGAGCUGCUCGUUCAUUUAAAUAUUGUGGAGACAACCAUUCACUCAUCAUCGUAUUGUAAUGCGACAUUUUAUGAAGUUAAUUGGUUAGGCCAAGGCUGGGCUCCCUGAUGGAUAUCCUCCAAAUAUUGUUGGAUUACAACUCCCAUCCUUCUUUACCAUUGAUGAUGAUGAGAGGUGAAGUUCAACAACACUUGGAGGACCAAAGAUUCCUCAGCCUUGGGCUGGGCCCUGAUCCUGCAGAGCUUCCUGUGCUCAUUAUAAUAUGCAGAAUUCAUGGAUUUAGCAACUUUCUCUCACCCCCAGUUUUUCACUUGUCCUCCUGCAAACCUGAAGGUUUCCCGAAGCCUGCUGAUACCUCCAUUUUGUACAUGGAUGAUGCUGUUUUAUUUUUCUACAUAAAGAUACACACUCAGAGUGAAUUAACAAUUUGUAUACAGCAGCAUUCUCCAACCCAGUGCCCUCCAAAUGUUGGAUUACAAUUCCUAUCAGCCCUAGCCAACAUGGCCAGGGGUCAAGGAUGAUGGGAUUUGGAGUCCAACAAAACGUUGGAGUCCAUCAGGUUGAUGAACUUCAAAACCUGCAAUGGAUCAUCCAAAAUAACACACAGUAUCUGGUUCCAGAGACCUAGCAGUCUCUUACCAGAACUCUCUCAAAAAAGGUUGGUGGAGCUUAAUUUAAGUGAUACUGUAAUGGGCAGAAACCAGAACCUUCAUUCAUAAUCCAUCACUGAUGUACAUAUUUUAUUUCCCCUUCCGAUGAAGGCAUUGUUCAGUGCCUGAAGAAUUGGAAAUGCAAAAUUAAACUUCUUUGGUUAAGUGAUCUUUACUGAGCAUCACAGACCUCACAAAUUUUACAUGCAGCUGAGGUCAAGAUGGGCAUGAAUAGUCUGAUUCAUGGGUCAAAGAUAAUGGAUUAAUUCCAGAGUAACAGAGCCAUCAUGGAGAGCUGGUGAGGUGACACUCUGUAGGCUCUUUGCAUAUACUGCAAAGAGUUCUGCAGGCAUAUAUCUGCUGCUGGUGAUAUUUUCCCCAGUAGUGUGAUAUGAGACACCCGAACAGAGCAUUCUGAGGGUUGAUUGAAGGGAGGGCAGAAGUGGCCUUGGACCCAUGAGGUUUAAAGCUUCUUCAUCCCUCCAAUAGGCCCCAAGGUUGGGCUUAUCACCUACAUCAGCUUGUAGCUGUCAUAGUUAAUUUAUUAGCUUCAGUGGGUGUGAAAUUUUAAAAAUGAGAUCUGCAGGGGCAAAUAAGAAAAUCCGCACCUCCCAUCCUGGUUAGCAUAACAGACAAUCUGCCACUUCCCUUCCCUGUGUACCCCUUUGGUUUUCUCUGCUGAUCAGUACAGUGGUACCUCGGGUUAAGAACUUAAUUCGUUCUGGAGGUCCAUUCUUAACCUGAAACUGUUCUUAACCUGAAGCACCACUUUAGCUAAUGGGGCCUCUCCUGCUGCUGCACGAUUUCUGUUCUCAUCCUGAAGCAAAGUUCUUAACCCGAGGUACUAUUUCUGGGUUAGCGGAGUCUGUAACCUGAAGCGUAUGUAACCCGAGGUACCACUGUAUAAUUUAGUUCCCAUUCAAAGGUGGGUGGGGAAUCCUGACUUCAGCUCCAUUGAUUUCAGUGGGAACUAUGUGCUUACAAUCCUAACCAUGUCUGCUAAAUUAAUUCAGUGGGGCUCAUGCCCAAACAGUUGGGGUUAGGAUUUCAGCCUUAGUUUGGCUCCAACAGAUGCAAGGGUAAUUCAUCUACUGUCAUUUUCAAUGCAUUACGAAUGCUGGAGGGGGAAAAUGAAUGCACGGGAGACAGACGAAAGGGAACAAGGCGUCCCAUCUACCCCCCAGCUUUUUUUCUGUUUUCCUCUCCAUUUGAGCACUGCUUUACAUUAAGAAACUAAAUUUUAACUUGUAGCUGUAGACAAUAUACUUAAUUAUUUCCCAGCUGGGUCAGCCAGAAUCCUACAUGCAAAACAAAGCAGAGUUUAAAAUAAUUACAGCAGAACUGCUUCAAGCUGGCUGAAGCUAGCUGUGUGUUACUCUGGGGAAAGCAAACAUCAGUUUGACUAGAUAGUAGACGGAACGGCGCAGAGACUGUGAAAUAUGCUUGUUAGUAGUGUCUUGUUAUUCAUUCUGUGCGAUAGUCCUAUAUUUGGUAAAAGGAAGAACACUAGUUUCUGCACUGGAAUUUUGUUGUUUGUUUUUCUGCCGGAACUGAAAUAGCAUCUCUUUUGAUUUUGAUAGUACCUUGGUUUUCUUACAGUGAUAAAGGGGGAUUUUAUACCCAUUAUGCCACCGUACUCUUAUGAAGGUUAGAGACAAAGUGUACACAAAUGGAUAGGCCAGCAAUGACAUUUGUUCUCAUUUCCUAGCAUGACACCUGGAAAAAAUCCAGAGCGGAUACUAAAUUGGGGAAUUUGUCACUAUAGCAAGGAGAAGGUUAGAGACAAGGUCUGCUUCCAGAUGAGGGGCUCUUAGUUGUAAGCUACACACAGGAUUGCAAUUGACUUUCAACACUUUCUUCAGGAGUGGGGAAUCUUUUUCAGCUUGAGGUCCACAUUCUCUUCUGGGACAGGAAAAGUGGACAGGGGAAUGAAUGUAAAUUGGAGCAGUAGGCUAGUUUUACACGUACUCAGACAGCCCUCUCUGUCCAGGGCUGCCUUCGGAUGUCUUCUGAAGGUUGUAUAAUUACUUAUCUCCUUGGUUCGGGGGUUGCAUAACUCCAUACGCUCCAACAUUUCUCCCAUGAUAAUAGGGACGUCCUAAGCAAAAUUGGAUCAAAUCAGAAACCAGGACAGCUUCUGUAAAUCCUGGAAAAUAGGGACACUUGGAGGGUCUUUAAGAAGCUUUGUCAGAGUUCAAGGAUAUAUUCAAACCAGGCAAAGUCACUCAGGGAGAUGCAAAAGAGGGCUUGUGAGUAGUGUAGCAGAGACAGGAGUAUGGCCUGGGGACCAGAGUCCAGAAGUCCAGACACAGAGGGACAAAGGGCUGGAGGGCCACAUUUGGCCCCUGGAUCAGAGGUUCCCAAUCCCUGGUGUACAUCCCGCUAUGUUCUGUCCACACCAAUGGGUGUGUUUUAGGCUGUAUCCUUUGAAAGCACUAUGAAACCACUUCAAUCAGCCAUGCCUUUGCCCAAAGAGUCAUGAGCGCUGUAGCUUGUUAAGGGUGCUGAGGCUUGUUAGGAGACUCCUAUUCUCCUCAUGGAGCCACAUUUCCCAGAGUUCCCUGGGAACAGGGAUUGGUUGCUGAGCCACUCUAGGAAUUGUAGCUUGGCGGGUGGGGGGAGAAAGGUGUCUCAAGAACUCUCAGCACCCUUAACAGAUGACAGACCUAGGGUUCUUCGUGGGACUGAUUAAAGACUGAUUAUAGUGGUAUCAUAGUGCUUUCAGUGAAUGGUGUGACUGUGGCCUUAGUUGCUUUGAAACUCAGCACACUAUAGUCGUUGCUGUGGGUGGCAUUUUCUGACACCCCAUCACAGAUGGGAGUUGUAAUUCAGCAGCAUCUGAAAGGUCAAAGGUUCCCCGCACCUGAUCUACACCUGACACACAUAAAGUCAUAAAGGUGUAGAGUUUGACCACAGAAUCUACUGAACUUAGUAAUAAUUUUAUUAUUUAUACCCUGCCCAUCUGGCUGGGUUUCUUCAGCCACUGUGGACGGCUUCUAGCACAUAUAAAAACAUAAUAAAACGUCCAACAUUAAAAACUUCCCAAUACAGGGCUGCCUUCGGAUGUCUUCUAAAAGUAGUGUAGUUCUUUAUCUCCUUGGCAUCUGCUGGGAGGGCGUUCCACAGGGUGGAUGCCACUGCUGAGAAGGCCCUCUGCCUGGUUCCCUGUAACUUCACUUCUCGCAGUGAGGGAACUGCCAGAAGACCCUUGGAGCUGGACCUCAGUGUCUGAGCUGAAUGGUGGUGGUGGAGACACGCCUUCAGGUAUACUAACCUGAGGGCUGAAAAGGUCAGCAGCAACUAUUUGAAGUGUGCUCGGAAACGUACUAGGAGCCAGUGAAGAUCCUUUAGGACCAGUGUUAUAUGGUCCUGGCAGUCACUCCUAGUUACCAGUCUAGCUACCAGUCUAGCUACUCCUAGUUACCUGUCUAGCUACCAGGUGGUUUCUGGGCCACCUUCAAAGGUAGCCCCACAUAGAGCACAUUGCAGUAGUGCAAGCAGGAGGUAACCAGAGCAUGCACCACUCUGAUGAAACAGUCUGCGGGCAGGCUGGUAGAAAGCUUCCGUGGUACUGAUAGACACCUUCUGUGGACACAGAAUUGACCUGUGCCUCCCUGGACAGCUCUGGGUCUAAAAUGACUCCCAGGUUGCGCACCUGGUCCUUCAGGGGAACAGUUACCCCAUCAGGACCAAGGAGUCCCCCAUACCUGCCCCCCAAAACAGUAUUUCUGUCUUGUCAAAUUCAACCUCAAUCCAUUGGGGGCUGGGGCUGCCACUGUGAUUCCACUCCAUCUGAAUGUACAUGGUUGUCUGAACCAGGUUGCAAGGUAUUCCUGAAAGAAUAGUAUGUGGUUGUUUGGCUAGGUCCAGCUCAUAGUAAGCAUGCAGAACAAGAAAAACCCAGACUGGAAUGCCUCCGGAUUCCAGUAUUGAAAACAAAAUGAUGGCAUUGCCUCAUGACGCAUGGUGGAACAAAACUCUAAGCACUGCAGCCAGGCACUGAAAGGGCAUCAGUAUUGUAAGGUUUUCACAUAUUAAAUAACGAUUCGAUCACCUGUAGACAAAGAUGACAUUCUCACAAUGCAAAAUUGUUUGGAAAAGUCAUCAUGCUUUCUGCACGCCAAGAUUAAAAUCUUGAGCACGCUGGCUCUUGAAUAGGCUCCAUUGGAGGCAGCAGAACUUUCUUCUGCGUAAACAAGCUUAGACUCAGGUCACCAAAGUUGUUAAUGCAAACCAUGCUCCCCCCACAAAAAAACCCCCCAGAGAAUAAAGCAUGAACUUUCCCUCAAUACCACACAAAAUUCUGUUUUCAAGGAAGUGAUGAGAGGCACUAUGCAUAGGCAUGGAUGAAAGGAUGUACCUCCCAGAUCCCCCACCUGAGAAAAGUCGCACUCAUUUAUUACUGCAGCAGUUAUUUUUUUGCAGCUUUACACAGUUGCAAAGCAUGUACAAGCCAUGGCGUUAGCCAGAGAGGCCUCUAAUGAUUUGUUACUGGCUGUGAUCAAAGUCAUCCAUGAAUGUGAAAGAGUGCAUUUUUCAGAAGGAGCACAUUUCCUGAAAGUUUCAUUUCAUCUUUGCGAAAAGUCAAAGAGCCCAUUCCAGUUUCAACAAGUUAAGCUGAAUCCUGUUUUGAAAAUACAGUGCCUGCUGUGCACUUGUAAAUGCAACCACUGCCUCAAUUUUCUCUACUUUCUUCUUGUGAAUAGGCUCUAAUCUAAUGCUCGCCAGCAUCCUCCUGGCUCGUCGAUCCAUACAGACUGCUGCGAUUUCAUUUCCUUGUGGCUCAAGUCCUCUGCUUUUAUGGAUGUGCGCUCUCGCCUAAAUGCUGAUUCCUAUACAUUGCCACGCCAAUCAUGUCUUUCCAUGCAACAAUCUUUUUCUAAAAGGGUAUCUUCCGCAGAAUCUGGAGUUUUUAAGGCUGCAUAUUGUUAGCUUUAAGACCAUACGUACAUUUUUUUGAAGGGAGAUAUCGAUCUUUAAUUAUUAUUUUCUUUCAUAUUUCGAAUGCUCUUCAGGUUCGGCGUGUUGAUUUUAACGGCACAAAGAGGUAGCUUGUAGGAAUAAGAAGACAAACUUUGCAUUCUGUUUGGCUAAGCAAAAGGAAAUUGCAAGUAACUACCUGGAAGACAUAUCCCUCUCUCUGUUUUAGCUGUUCAGUUCCCUCACCACAGUAAGCCACAGUUAACUUAUCUGGGAUAUUUUACUUCUUUCCAGAAGUAAAGUGUGAGCCAGUGUGGUGUAGUGGUUAAGAGCGGUAGUCUCGUCAUCUGGGGAACCGGGUUCACGUCUCCGCUCCUCCACAUGCAGCUGCUGGGUGACCUUGGGCCAGUCACACCUCUUUGAAGUCUCUCAGCCCCACUCACCUCACAGAGUGUUUGUUGUGGGGGAGGAAGGGAAAGGAGAAUGUUAGCCUCUUUGAGACUCCUGAAGGGGAGUGAAAGGUGGGAUAUCAAAUCCAAACUCUUCUUCUUCUUCUUUCCACUGGUGCAAGGAGGAAACAAACCUGAUCCCUGGAUUAGUCUUAUAUCCAAAACCACUGGUUUUGAUUUGUUUCACUUUAACCAACAACAAUCAGUUACAAGCCCAAAACAAGGCUUGGCUCCAGAUCAUGGUUUGUUGAGAGAACAGCAAACCAUGAUUCCUGAAUCAGACACAAUGCUAAGCCACUUCCCGUCUCUAAUGGGAAGGAGCCAAUUGCACAUGACUGGCUUAUCCAAUAUAAGUAGGGAUUGGUGAAUAGGUCAAUAUCUCCCAGUUUCUCCUUUUUCUAACCAUCAAUUCUCCACGUUUCUAUAUCAGCUUGCAGUUUUUGUUUUGGAAGGAAAAAGAUCUCAUGAACAUUCACCAGCAUUUUCAUGUGAAUUUCUCCUACUGUACUCGUAUCUGCAUGCGAUUUUCCUGACUAUACACAUUUUUGCAAACCCAUUUUGCAAACAUAUUGACUUUUUGUAUGCUAUUUUUAACUAAUACAUGCAUUUAUGUACACACUUUACUAUAGCAUAUGCGCUUUCCUACACAUUACUUGGCUGGAGAACAGCAUUGCAAAAUUCAGAUAAGUGUUUCGCAUUCGGAUAAUAAUUUUGAAGGCUAUGUGUGUUUCGAAUUGCAAAUUAUUUCAGAAAAUGCAGACUUUGUAAGUUUACUUUUAAAUAUGAACAGAACCAAAUUUCUUCCCCAAGUCUAAUGUGUUGACAUGUCCUCGUGUUCAAAAAUUCUCAGCCAAUAUCCCUCCUCAUUUUCACUUCCAGCCUUCCUCAUUUCCCAAGCUGUUCUCAUUUUGGCAAUGUUUAUUUUUUACAGAGAAUUUUUAAAAGCCCUUUCAUAUACAAUGUUUUGCAGAGGCAUUCUUUCAGCAGAAUUUAGCGCUAUAUUUCAUUUUUCUGGUUACCUAUUAAUUCACCUAUCCACCUAUAACCCCCAGACAAUGUAAUAGGGGGCACAUAUCUAGUAGUGCAUGGCAGUUCUCGGUUUUCUGCAUAUAUUUCAAAGACAUUAACUCCCAUCCCCUAGUUUUUGCUUUCAGCUAGCUCCAAGUAACACCCAAUAAUUAUAUGCGGAGAGAUGAAUAGGUAUUAACAUCAGUUUCCAUGGAACUAAAUCAGAGACAUUUUCUCCCCACACAUUUUUGUUGCCCAUAUUCUUCACUCCUGUGCAGAGCUGCCAGUAGGCCUGAAAAGACAUGUCCUUUUGUGAACUGUUUUGAAAGGUUUUGUAACGUAUAAAUCUCCAGUUGUCAUUCCAUUUAUUCUGACAAUCUCCAGUGCUUUGAAAGAUAGGCUACAUAUAAUUUGGCCAUCUUUAACUAUGCCCUCUCUCAAUUUUAAUAUCCCACUUAAGGUGUUAUAACUGUUGCCCCUUUAUCAAAACUCAAGGAACCACUAAAAAUAAAGAAAGAUAUAAACUACACCAUAAAAUGGUCCCUCUUGUUCAUUUUUGCAUUUAUUGCCCACUCUGUGAAUAUUAUAUCUUCAUUAAUCCUCAGAAUAGAAACCAGAAAUUAAUGUAUCAUCAAUUCCUGUAUCAUCAUGAUUUCAUCUGAUCUCAACAGCAAAGAAAAAGAUAGCACCAAGAAUGCAUAGCCAUUGAUUUAACAUGUGAUGAAACAAAAGAAUCUUCCUCCACAUGUCUUAAAGGACAAAAUUCUCUAAAGGGAUGUAGCAUUUAAAAUGAAGGCUUCAUAGCAGGGGUAGAAGACAAAUCCAGUUCAGUUUGCAUUUAAAGGUCAGCCUACAAAAUUCACACUUUCUGAAACGAAACACAAAGCACAAUCCUUCAACUUUCUCACUUCCAUGAACUUUGCAGUUCCUUUUUCCAGCCUAGUAAUGUGUACAAAAUCCCACUAGGGUAAAGUGUUGAGAUUUCUAUUCCACCUUAAGGAGCAGACGUGUGGAACUGUUGCAUGUCACAUGUCUGUUUACAUUCCAGCACAGCUUGCUGGGAACUUCCGUUGUGUGUAUAGCUUUUGCUUUUCCUGGUCUCUCUGAGAAGACGAAGAAGAAGAAGAAGAAGAAGAAGAAGAAGAAGAGUUGUUUGGAUUUGAUAUCCCGCUUUAUCACUACCCUAAGGAGUCUCAAAGCGGCCAACAUUCCCCUUUCCCUUCCUCCCCCACAACAAACACUCUGUGAGAUGAGUGAGGCUGAGAGACUUCAGAGAAGUGUGACUGGCCCAAUGUCACCCAGCAGCUGCAUGUGGAGGAGCAGGGAAUCGAACCCAGUCCACCAGAUUACGAGUCCACUGCUCUUAACCACUAUACCACACUGGCUCUCAGAGAGAGAGAGACGACAUGUUUCUUUGUCCUGAUUUAUGAUUAAUAAAUCUGUAGUUAUAGUAUGCUUUCACAAGCCUCACGCCUAUUCUGUAUGCACAGUUCAAUCUGCUGACAUAGUGUGUCCUGGCUUUGAAGCCCAUGUUGCUGAUUUUCAUUGGUGCAGAGGCCGAUGGGUCUUCGCAGCGGACGGCUAGAAGGAGGCGGCCCAGCUGGCCUCCUGGCCCUCUGCAUGUUGACAUAAACAUGUAUAUAUUAAUAAAAAGGGCAUAUAAUUAGGGAAAUUGUUUUGUAAAAAUGUGUAUAUGGGGGAGAUGCACUAUAAUGCUGGCGAUUUUUCCUGAGGAAUAGUAAUAAUUUAAAAAUUGCAAACAGAUAUGGAAGUGAAUUUAGGAUUGGAAAAAAGAAGCCGAGAGAAACUUAAGUCGACAAAGUAACCCAUGCCUAUAGGUAAAGGUAAAGGGACCCCUGACCAUUAGGUCCAGUCGUGACCGACUCUGGGGUUGCGGUGCUCAUCUCGCUUUUAUUGGCCGAGGGAACUGGCGUGCAGCUUCUGGGUCACGUGGCCAGCAUGACUAAGCUGCUUCUGGCGAACUAGAGCAGUGCACGGAAACACCGUUUACCUUCCCGCCAGAGCGGUACCUCUUUGUCUAUUUGCACUUUGACGUGCUUUCGAACUGCUAGGUUGGCAGGAGCAGGGACCGAGCAACGGGCGCUCACCCUGUUGCAGGGAUUCGAACUGCUGACCUUCUGAUCAGCAGGUCCUAGGCUCUGUGGUUUAACCCAUUUCAGAGUGUUGCAUGAAAUAAAAUUCUUUUUCUUACUUUUGCAAAAUAAUACUAAUCAUCCUCACUAGUUGUCAAACGGGGCUUCAGUCUUGAGAUGCAUUGGGUUCACAUGUCUAUGAAGAAAGCAGGGGUGGGUUUAUAGACAGAGAGAGCACCCCUCCCCAGAUCUGCAGGUAAAUCCUAGCUUUUCUUUUCUUUCUUUCUUUCUUUCUUUCUUUCUUUCUUUCUUUCUUUCUUUCUUUCUUUCUACCUGCUCCCAAAACUCUUUGAGGACAAGUGAUGCAUAUGGAGCUCAGGCAGCAGUGAAAAAAAACGUUCCCAAAAUGACUGCAUUUCAUUUCUGUGUUUUGCAGCCACAGGAAGGCUCCAUCAGGACCAUAGUGUAUGGGUUAAGCCUUUCCUUCCCUGUGACCAUAAUGACUAAAAUGAUUGCCUCUCAAAGUUAUUACUCCCUUCCCCCAGAAAUGUUUGCUCCUAAAUUUGCUGAUGAUAACUCAUGUUUGAGCAGCAGCAGCAGCAUAUUGUGGCUUCCAAAUGGUGGUAGUAGUUUUGUGCAACAGCUGGGUUAUUCUAGAAGAGCCAUUGUAUACUGCAGCUAUAGGGAACCGAAUCUGACUAGAGCCUUCACUCCUCCACUCUCUUGAGUCGUGUUUGACCUACCCACCUGAGGUCACCAUGACACCUGAUUAUUUGUUUUUGCAUAGCACUGUGCACAGAAGUCCUGAUGAUCGUCUGAUAGUUGAUCAUAUAUGAUCAUAUACAUGUACAACUUUUAGAAGACAUCUGAAGGCAGCCCAGCUUAGGGAAGCUAUUAAUGUUUGACAGACUAUUGUAUUUUAAUAUUCUGUUGAGAGCUGCCCAGAGUGGCUGGGGAAACCCAGCCAGAUGGGCGGGGUAUAAAUAAUAAAUUAUUUAUUUAUUUAUUUAUUUAUUUAUUUAUUAGGUGUUAGGUGUAGGGCAGGUGUUUGUGGCAUGGCCAAAAUGGCCUCUCGGGAGUAAUCAUAAAGUUUACCAGAUCUGUGUGCAUUGGUGUCCUCCUCUUCUGAAGAAGCAUGAUGAAAACUGCAGCCAUGAUAUGUUGUGAAGCUUACAUUCUGCUAACUUCAGUGAGCAGCUUGUGUGUGGGAUUCCAGCCAGCACCGCUAGUUAAUCAAAAGUUUGCCCGAGAGGCUGCAUUUAUCCCUUUGUAAUCAAAUAGCACAAAUCAAAAAGAAGAUCAAGCCCUGAUUAUUGUCAUACUGUGCUUUGAAAAUAAGUUUCAGUCUACCAUUGUCUGCCUUGUUAUUGUGAAAUCAAAAUUACUGAUUGCCAGCACAGCAGUAAUGAAGAUGGCAAAGAAGUACCGCUUAUGUGUUACCCUGCGAAACGAUGAUUUUCCUAGUUUGACAUAGUGAAGAACAUGCAGAACUGCCCCUGGAACCUCUAGUUUGGGUACCUAAUCAUCACAUGCACUGACAGCGAUUCAGCAAUGACCUGAACAGAGCUGCCAUCUUCUCCAGUUGCUUGAGGGGGCCCGACAUGACGUCCUGACAUCAUGCUCGUGAUGUCAUGUGAUGUCACAAGGAGCAGAGCUGAAUGCCCACUGAACAUUGAGGGGGUCCAGCCCCCUGAAAAAACAUGAGGGGAGGGCAUGAGCGAAAGAUUCCCAGAGCAAUCCUAUAUAGAUUUAGUCAGGAGGCAAUCUCACCAAGUGAGAUUGGGAAAUGUACACAGGAUUGCAGCCUUCGAAAGGAAGGGGAGAAAUAAAGACAAGACUUGGAGUCUAAAUGGUGCAGCAAGACUUUUCCCAUAGAAAAGCUGCAUUCUGCUUUAGACAGCAAAAUUCCUUGAGCGGGCACUAUUUUAUCUGAAUAGGUUGAAAUAGCAAGAAACAGUCAUCUCAGUAUUGCAUAUCCAGUUGGAGUGGCCACAUAAAUACCAAACUCUCUCCCUGACUUCCAAUCAAACACACACACACACACACACACACACACACACACACACACACACACUAUAGGACAUUGUGCUAAGUAUUGUGAACAUCACUUUCACAAGAUGAAUUUCUAUAUCCUCCUCUCCGCUGCAGCCAAUCAGAAAAUUUAAGGAGAAAAAGUUUGUGUAGGGAUGCAAAACACUUGGAUUUGGCAGGAAAGUGCCCUUAGCAGAAAUAGCCAAGAAUUUAAUCUCCUGCUUAUUGAUACUUCCUGCAUAAUCCGCACAGCUUUCGCUUUUUCGAACGAUGUGUUCCCUUAGGUUAUACCUGUGUUCAAGGAAAAGUUGUGUUAAAACUUGCUCUCAUUCUCUUAUCUGGGUAGCUAUUUAACCGGACUCAUCCCGCUCAGCCAGGAUUACUCAGUGCUAGCUAUUGCAGAAAUUUAAAUGUGUUAUCAUGUGCAUUCGCACAUUUGCCAGGGAUCUUAUUUUAAUCUGGUUACGUGGCUACUCACUUCACUUUUGCAUACCAUGUAAUUCAAUAAGAAGUUUCAUGUAAAUAUUUUAUGUUUAAUUGUUUUAUUGAAGGGUGGGAUACUUCUGGCUAAACUUGCUAGAGGAGUUGUGGCGCAGCUUUUGGAUUCCUGAAAAUCUGUUCUUGACUUCAUUCUUUCUCCAAAAUCAAAGUAUUCCCCAUAGCUCAGUCAUCAGUUCCUCCUACAAAAUCUUAUUUCUGUUAUUAGCGUUACAAUUCUCCCCAGACAACGUGCUAGCCCCAGUGUCCCUUAACAUACAGACAAUUGAUUAAACACAGUAUAGUUUAGUCUUCAUAACCUUUUCCUUGUGUGAAAUAAAACAGCUACACUUUGGGGGGAAGAAGAGAGAUUAAUUUUUUUAAUUAAAAAGUGAAAUACUUAACGUAUUUCUUUGCGAUAUAUUGCUUUCUUAAAGGGAACGUUUUCUUCCUUCAAAUACCACAUUCUGGCAAUAAUAGUUGCAACUGUUGUUGUUGGCACCUGUCUGUCUCGAGAGACAAUGGAGUGCACCUGCAGGGGUGAAAAACUGUUGUGUUAAUAGCACCAAAGUGACCUCCUUGGGGCACAAGUCUGGGCAGUGCGUAUGGAGGUCCUGGGCUGCCCAGAUGACAAUACUGAUGUAGUCCAAAGGAAAGCAGAGCAAUACGUUCAGCAUGUGAACCGCCAGCUUUAACUCAGUAUCUGUGUUUCACCUCAAGGUUUUGUUUUCUGUUGAAAUAAUCUGCAGAAUUCUCUUUUAGGUACCAGUGGGACCUGAUGUAGAAUGGCAGAGCAGAAGGCACCUAAUGUCUGUUGAAAAGCAGGAAGCUAAUCUGUAUGCCCCAAUAAAUGUAACCAAUGGAACAGGCCCCAAUGCCACGUGCAUCCUUUUUUAUGCCACAGAUUUAAACUUUACAGCCGAUGGCACUGUCAUGAAUCUAACCCAUCGCACAUUUGAAUCUCACGAAGUGGAUACCAGCAAUUCCAUUUGUUCAGGGACCAAUGCCACGUGAGUAGCCUGACUUUCACUACUAAUUGUCUUUCAUGGUACAUUGACUGAGGAAGCUGAUUUUUUUUUUGUUCCCAGAUAGCAUUACCAUUUAGCUUAGCCAAGACUUGAAAUCAAAGUCCUAGAAAGAUCAGAUUAAGGUACAGUCAUGAAACUGCAUAGCUCUCAUAGCUUUGGUUAUCUCUAUUCUUAUGCAUUUUAAGUGUCCAAAAUGCUUUACAAGCCUUCUUAUUAAUUUACUCCACGAAGUAGGCUAUUAACUACUUUGCAGCUGGAGAACUGAGGCUGUCAACUUGCUAAAAAUUAGAGAUGGACAAGCUUUCCCCAGCAAAUACCUUUUUCAACCCACUGACAGCCAGCCUUGCUCAUUAAGAUGUAGAUGUUUUUGGUACAGCCUAAAGAUAUAAAACUUGCAGUUAACGGAUUUUUUCCCCUGUUCAGUUUUCAAGAGAAACAGAAUUUUGGGAGGAAAUGAUAGUUUUUAAUAUUUUACAGAUCAAAAGUGACUUUCCUACAUUAGAAACAUAGUAUAUAUUAUGUAUAACUUGAUUUGCCAUUAAAUGACCAUCUUUGUAACAUUUAAAGUACGGUUUAUUCGGACAAUAUUUACAAGUUGAAUUAAUUCCUUUCCAUUUUGGUUACAAAUGGAACUACAAGCUGUAGGACUGGAAAGAACCUAGUCUCUCAUUGGUUUUACCAGUUCACGAGGAACAUGCAAAGCACAAUAGAAGCAGGAGAAACCAUCAGCAUUAUAGGAAAAGGAAAAUGAAACAAUGUAUUGGGGGGGGGGGAGAGAAUAAUUCUGAAAUACUCAGAAAAUUAUUAUGUCUCCUCCAGUGUUCCAUAAUGCAUAAAGCAUUUAUUUCCACAAAAGGGUCUGGAAAAAGGAGGGAGGAGCACCUGGUUUGUAUGCAGAAAGUCCCAGGUUCAGUAGGGCUGGGAAUAAAAUCUGCUCCUGGAGAGCAACUCCCAGUUAGUGAAGACAAUACUGAACUCGAUGGACCAAUGGCCUGGCUUGCAAUAUUUUUAUGUAGUAAACAGCUGUUGUUCACCUCUAUGGGAACAAAUAAACAGGGCAUGGUUUUGAUGGGGAGAAGAUCUAUCUAACCCCCCUGACCACAGGUGGUCUGACCUAAUGGGAUGCUGCAAUAGGGAUGCUCAGACCAUUGUCUGUACCUCUCCCAUCAUUAUCACACUUGGCAUAUGUGUGGAAAGCCUGUAUGCAGAUACUCACCUAUGUCAGUAUCCUAUGUAUUCCUGUGCCAUUCACAGGAAUCGUAUCGUUAUUAUUUAUUAAUAUUCUAUACCACCCUUCAUCUAAAGAUCACAGGGCACUUUACAAUAUAAAAACACAAAAAUGCAUGCCAUAAUAACAAACAGAAACAAUAACUCCCUUCCAUAUAUAUCAUAACACUGUAGGAAUGACACCUGUGUCAAUGUUGGCUUCAUUUUGUUGAUGUGGAUUUGGUACCCCAAACGUCGUCAUCCUCUAAAAUGUGGCACCUCGUAUCCUGAGCUUUUUGAAACCAAAACCAGAAUUCCACAUGCAUUCUGAUACGCAUCCAAACUUUUGUAUGAAUUGUGGUCCUUAUUCAGUGGCGUUGCGUCCUUUAUUGUGCCCGGGGCAUGUGAGUGCACCAGGUGGGUCCAGGGGCUGGGCGUGGAGGGUGGACAAAACCUGCUGAACCAUCCGAACCCUAGCCACUGCCAGUGCCAGGUGGGCAUGGGGCACGGAGGGUUCUUGGGGCCACACUGUGCUGCCGCCCGCCCACCACCAGCACAGAGGGAACCUUGUUGACCGAUGUGGGCCAGGGGUGCAGCAGCAAGACUGGGCUCUGGGGCCCAGAGACCCCCAGUGGCAGGCAGGGCAGGGAUUGUGAAAUUCAACGUCCGGUACGCUUCCACUGCGACUCAGUGUUGUCCCGGCAUUUAGCAGAGACUGCGCACAGCGGUGUGUGUUCUGUGUGGAGAUAUUUCAAGCAUGCAGAAAAGACUCUGUACGCAGCUUCUUUCCUAAUCUAAGAAGCGUUUAUUUACAGCAGCAAUUAAUCAGCAAUCCGGGAGAAAACAGCAACAUGCUGGCUCUUUCAGUCGAAAGUAAUCUCACAUAACAAAGCAGACAAAACCCCCGUAUGUGGGCACCCCCCCCCCCAGCAUCAGGACGCACACUCUGAGCUAUUAACCCUAUAAGCUCUGGUUCUCCUCACAGGGAUCCCUGUGUGGGGGUACCUGACUCACACCUUCUCAAAACCAUGUCCCCGAGGCUACAACCCCCUGGCCCUCCCCAUGCUAUGCCCCUGUCCUUAUUCAUAUCAGUGCAAGAGCCAAUUGUGCAAAGAAAUCUGUACAUGGACUACCCAUUCCUUUUGGUUCAGCCAAGAAAUACCAUGCCUUAAAUCUCGGGCCGCCACAGCUUGUCACUCCUCAAACCAAACACAGCGAGCAAGCCAUUCCUUGUGUUCCAUGCUCAGAUAGUGGAGGGUGUGGCCAUCAGGCAUGUCAGUGGUAGGGUGUGCAGCUAGAUCACAGAUCCCUGUGAAGCCCUGUGUGUGUGUGUGUGUGUGUGUGUGUGUGUAUUCAUCUGAAUUCUUCUCUUACGUCAGGGAGCCUGUGCAUUACGUUGGCCUAGGCCUGUCAUUUCCCAUUGAAACGAGCAUUUCCCUAGCGAAUAAAGAGGAGCGUGAACUUCAGAACACACAGGGUACUUUCCCUUCGAAGCACAUACCGUAUUUUUCGCUCCAUAAGGUACACCUGAUCAUAAGGCGCACCUAGUUUCUAGAGGGGGAAUUCAAGAAAAAAAAUAUUAUUUAAAGGGAGCACUGAGCAGAGCCUGCGUGCAUCCCAGGCUCUGCUCGGCGCUCCCUUUCACAAGCCGCAUAGAGUGUGUGUGUGGCUCUUGGGGGCUUUUCCUCGAGGAGGGAGAAGGGCAGCCCGUCAGAAGCCCCCACCUCCCACAAAAGCCAUGCACCCUUUAAAGAGAGCACUGCUUUUGGGGGCUUUUCCCUGAGGAGGGAGAAGGGACUCACUGGCUGCGUCAGUCCCUUCUCCCGCCUCAUAGAAAAGCCCGCAGGAGCCGCUCGCUCUUUAAAGGGUGCAUGGCUCCUGUGGGCUUUUCUACGAGGUGGGAGAAGGGACUGAUGCUGCCAGUCAGUCCCUUCUCCCUCCUGGGGAAAAGCCCCCAAGAGCAGCACAGAGCUUGUGUGCGGCUCUUGGGGCUUUCCCCGCCUGCCUCCCCCCUGCAUUCGCUCCAUAAGACGCACACACAUUUCCCCUUGCUUUUUAGGAGGGAAAAAGUGCAUCUUGCGGAGCGAAAAAUACGGUAUCUCCUCCCAGAGAGCUGCUAUUUCAGAGCGAAAAACACUGUAGGACCUUUUUGUGCCCCAUUUCCAAACUCUUUCUCAUCAAGCCAGAUUUGUGUCCAGAUCCAUUAUUUUCAUGGAAAAGAAGAAGAAAGCUAAUAAGCAGUUCAGCUUGUAUGUAUGCAUGAGGUGCAAAAAAGAGAAUUGUGCCAACAUAUAGCUGCUUCUUUUGUCUUCCUUUCAUUGUUCCUUUCCAAGAGAAUAAUUAUGCAUGACUUCUAUUCACCCACAUGUCUUCUCUUACUGCCGCGCUCUCUCCUUGCCUGUGCCCUCAUUUUCUUCAAAUGUCUUGGUCCCCACAACCACCACCACGAUCAAAACUCCCAUUAACAUUACGCGAGGCAAUAAUUUCAUUGUAAGGUGUCGUUGCAGGGAAUCCUUGCCACCACUUAAAUUUAAGUGAGCUGUAAAUACCGCCAUAGAUCAAGCUCUUCAAUAUAGUCCCCCUUUUGUUUGAAAGGGAGAUAAGGAAACAGCUUUCUGCUCUGCAAUAUUUUCUGCUUCGCCAUCUCUUUGUCUUUACCUACCAAUUUAGAUGUGCUCCUAUUUUUCUAAAGAAAUAAUGAAAAAGGUUCAUAUGAAAAUUAUAUGAUGUACAUUUUCUUGCAUUUCUCCCUCCUCCCCGACCCUCUUGUCAGGUUGUCGUUAAAAUACACCAACCCUGUGAAGGGCAUUGAGAGUCUGGAAAUCAGGUAUGUUUAUGAAUUAAUUUACUUACACAAUUUUUUAAAUGAAUGUUGAGGUGCUUUCCACUUACAGAAUGGGACAUCCUCUUAUCUCUCCACAAGUCUACAAAAUCCCAGGCAAGCAGAAACUAAUGGCGAUAGUCUACCCACUAUUGCUUGUGUUAAAGUUUUAUUCAUGAUUAAGACUUGUGAUGAUUAGUCCAAAUAUAAUUGUACUGGUUGUGGAAACAUGGAAGCAGGCUGUGAGGAGGAUCUGCUGGGUGAUUAUAUCUGCAACGGAGCCAGGUGAUGUAGCAUACAAACAAAUGCCCUGUAUACCUGGAGGAGCAUCUCCACCCCCAUCAUUCAGCCAGGACACUGAGGUCCAGCACUGAGGGUCUUCUGGCAGUUCACUCACUGUGAGAAGUGAAGUUGCCGGGAACCAGGCAGAGGGCCUUCUUGUCAGUGGCGCCCUCCCAUCGGAUGUCAAGGACAUAAAUAACAGUAUACAGUGGUACCUCAGGUUACAGACGCUUCAGGUUACAGACACUUCAGGUUACAGACUUCGCUAACCCAGAAAUAGUACCUCGGGUUAAGAACUUUACCUCAGGAUGAGAAAAGAAAUCGCGUGGUGGCGGUGCAGCAGCAGCUGGAGGCCCCAUUAGCUAAAGUGGUACUUCAGGUUGAGAACAGUUUCAGGUUAAGAACGGACUUCCAGAAUGAAUUAAGUUCUUAACCUGAGGUACCACUGUACAACUUUUAGAAGACAUCUGAAGGCAGCCCCAUAUUGGAAAUUCUUUAAUGUUUGAUGUUUUCUUAUGUUUUUAUAUGUGUUAGAAGCUGCCCAGAGUGGCUGGAGCAACCUAGCCAGAUGGGUGGGGUAUAAAUAACAAAAUUAUUAUUAUUACUACUACUACUACUACCCAAAGCCAGCGUUUCUUCUUAAAUCACUCUGAAUAAGGAUGUAGUUCACUUGACGCUAGUGCCGCUACGUGUCCUGGGUCUUCAACCCUGCCUCAGAAGGUGCCUUAGCAAAUGGAUUAUACGGUACUUCAGGGAAAAGACAGUUUGGGAUUGAGGUCAAGCUAGAAUGUCUGGCCGGAAAUUUGUAACAAGUAAUAAAGACCAUCUCGGGUAUGAGUAAAUAGAAUAAAACGGAGAUGAUUUCAAAUUAAAAAGCUUAAAUCUUUCCUCACUGCGGUUCAGAGUGCUAUUAACCGGGCAGCGAAUGGUUCACCAAAGUAAGCAAUGCCGUAUCACAGCCUCUUCCACUAGAAUAGCCUCAGGCACCGGGCCAAAUGAAAGACUUGUAAUCAACACAAUACGAUCCUGGGAAAAAUAAGUAAAAAAAUAACCCUCUGCUGACAGACAGGAGAGCUUGUCCAUUGCACAACUCACAUUGCAAAAAGUAUCAUGAGCUGUAAACAGGCUCCUCUAAGCUGGAAAACAUGAUUACUGUGUUAUUUAUUACAAAUCCGCUCUAGCUACCUAGGCUUCCAGUCUGCUAGCAAGAGUGGGGUGGGGAAGCAAUACCUGCCCCUACGUGCUCAAUCAAGUUAUUCCCUUCACAUUUAACAUACAGUAUAUGCUCCUCUGUUUUCUGUUAAGAUAAACUUAUCAUCCCAUUUCUUGAUUUGGUAUAGACCCUGAUAAUUUCAAAACAGUUGGUGGAUUGUGCUUUAUUGCAUACAAUCACAUCAAGUCAGUUGAAAAAUCCCCCCCAAAAAACAGAGAAGGGGAGAAAUGCAACAGCAGCUGAAUCAGGCAACCAGUGCUGCAUGUCUUAGGAACAAAAGAAGUUGCUUAUAGUAAAUCAGACUAUUUGUUCAUUUAUCCUACUAUUGCCUGCUCUGACUGGCAGUGCCUAUCCAGGAUCUGAAGGCAGAGGGCUUUCCCAGCAUCUCUUACCUGAACCUUUUACUAGAGGUGCCUGGAACUGAACCUGAGGCCUUUGCAUCAUCACCAUUAUUAUUAUUAUUAUUAUUAUUAUUAUUAUUAGCACCAUCCAGCCAGAUGGGCAGGGUACAAAUAAUAAAGUUGUUGUUGUUGCGAAACUGCAGGAUAGACAACAAGAAAUGGGAAUCACGUGGCAAGGCCAAAAUUGUGCUACAGUUCUUGCAGGCUUAUAAAAGGAGUGCAUAAGUGCCGUAUUUUUCGUUCUAUAAGAUGCAGGCCAUAAGACGCACCUAGUUUUUGGAAGAGGAAAACAAGAAAAAGAAUAUUCUGAAUCCCAGAAGCCAGGACAGCAAGCGGGACCGCCGCGCAGCGAUCCCGCUUGCUGCCCUGGCUUCUUGUUUGGCCGCACGCAGCCUCUCCCGGGCAAGGGGGGCCUUCAUUCCCUGCCCGGGAGAGGCUGCACGCGGCUAAUGCUGCCCCAAGAGCCGCGCGCCCCUUAAAGAGAACGGAGUGUGUGUGCAGCUCUUGGGGGCUUUUCCCCGAGGAGGGAGAAGGGCUGGUGUGAACCAGUGUGGUGUAGUGGUUAAGAGCGGUAGUCUCGUAAUCUGGGGAACCGGGUUCGCGUCUCCGCUCCUCCACAUGCAGCUGCUGGGUGACCUUGGGCCAGUCACACUUCUUUGAAGUCUCUCAGCCCCACUCACCUCACAGAGUGUUUGUUGUGGGGGAGGAAGGGAAAGGAGAAUGUUAGCCGCUUUGAGACUCCUUAAAGGGAGUGAAAGGCGGGAUAUCAAAUCCAAACACUUCUUCUUCUUCUUCUUCUGCCCUUCUCCCUCCUUGGGGAAAAGCCCUCAAGAACCGGACACACGUUCCACACAUCUCUUUAAAGGGAUCACUGAGCAGAGCCUCCCGCCUGUAUUCGCUCCAUAAGACACACACACAUUUCCCCUUACUUUUUAGGAGGGGAAAAGUGCGUCUUAUAGAGCGAAAAAUGCGGUAUUUUCCUCUUAUGUUUGGUUCAUUCCCACCUCAUGCACAUUCUUUUUUGUGCUCGCCUCAUUGGCUUUUCAGUGAAUUUAUCCAUAUUUGUAUCCGUAUUCACACAUGGCCCUUUCCAUUAAGGAACAGAAGCCUCUUUUCUUCUUCCCAGGGAGAAUCAGCUUGUUCCCUUCUCUCCAUUGCCCAUCAGCAGAAGGCUCAAACCCAGAAAUUCUGUAGCCUCUCUGCGAGUACAUCACAGUAUGAACCACUGAACUCCACCCUUGUAUCCUUCAUUUGCUGCAGCACGCGAGACAACCUUGGGGGUCUCAUUGUCGCUGCUAAGCCGAAUGGCAUGUUUGAAGAGACAUCUCUUAAACCCAAAUGCGCCUGCUUAAUCCUAUCUCACGGCCGCCCGGUAAUUCCUAAAGGAAAAGAUGCCGCGGCAGAAUGAAUCGAUGCAUUCUAUGUUUCUCCUUUCUCUAGAUUUUUGAUGACCAACAAGAUGUACGUAGGCUCUGCUCGAGAGUGGUUCACUUUAGAUUUUGUUCACAUUCAACAAGACAACAAGGAAACGGCUAUAUUUACUGCCCCUUCCAUCUCUGGUCCUGCGGAGUAUUCAUUCCAUUGCCAGCUGGUGGGAACAAGCGACCAUUAUGGGGCAACGUUGACUCCCAACAAUGCUGCGGCGAAAGAGUGGCAGGUUGUCAUCUCUGAGUUCCAGGUGAGUACACAGUGCAGUUUCAGAGGCAAUUCUAACAGCUAUUAGUUUGCUGUCGGAGUUUCUGAAAGGUCUGCCUCACCACUUACUUUCCCCUUCAACCCUAAGAGAAAGUUUUAACCAACACCCUUUCUUGGAUCCCCAGUGAGCUCUUCAGUAAUGUGAAGGUGAAGGAUUGACAGGGUUGGGGCAGCCUAUAAAUGGGGAGAACAAGGAAAAAAGAAGAUUCUCCAGAAAGCUAUCCAUAGAAAGCAACAGACCAACACCAAUCAUUAUCCAUUUUUUAUCCAGUCAAACAACUAAACAAAUUAUACUGUAUUUUUUCAUAUAUAAGACGUCCCCAUGUAUAAGACAACCCCUAUUUUUGAACCCUAAAUUAAGAAAUGAAUAUUUUAAACACCCAAUAUCACCCAACCUUGUUGAGUCCCCCCCCCCCCCAAUUUGCAGAACGAGCAGCUGAAGCUCUGGACCGUAUUUUUCCAUGUAUAGGACUAAAAAAAAAUAAGCAAAAAAGAUUGUCUUAUACAUGGAAAAAGAUGGUAUUUUGCCACUUCAGUGAAUGGGGUCAUUUUUGCAAAGGAAUGAUGUGUGAAUCAUGGCUUAGUAAUAGAGUAUAUCCAAUAUACAUGAAAAGCCAUAAUCUUUGUCAACUUAAAAGUACUUGGGGUGAGCUCUCCGCUUGAGAUUCUGGAAAGGUGAUGGCACAAGCCGGAAUUCUUUUAUAAAGACCUUGAAAAAUCUUCAGUGAGUUACAGACAAAAAGAGAAUAUUGUUUUAUAGGCUUUUCUUGCUUGUCAACAACAGGAUGUGAGGUGGCACAUCUUUAUUUUAUGAGUGGAAGACAACUGCCCCCUACCACUGCUGUGGCAAAAUAUAAGCAAGGAUAUUGCCAAGUGCAGAAAUUACAAUAGGUAUUUUUAAAAACUAGAAAGGCACAUUGAUACAGUCAAACUUCCAGACUGAAACUUCAGAAGAGACAUCUCAGACUGGCGUGUUGCGGGUUUAUUUUAUUCUUUAAAAAAGAUCAAUAUUGCUGUACCCUGCAAACAUUGUCUUCCCACCUUUAGCCUCCUCAGUCUGUUUCAGCUAAAGUGCUUUAGCAACAUCAAAGCCUUGUUACAUGCUUCAAGCACUUUGGCACCGAGAAUGGUAUUGAGUCUGUAUUAUAUCAUAGCCACUCAGUGCUCUCUGGGAGCCAUAACAACAUUAUGCAACCUCACCAUUUUGUCAGCCAUCCAGCCAGCCAGAUAAUGUGUGUCUUCCCUUUGCAACUUUUGCCUGAAGCCUGAAAAGAACAGACCCUCCAUUUUCCAUGAACAGUCCUGGAUUUACAGAAGCUGCACCAGAUUUUUAUUAGAUCCCAAAAUGUCCCGCUUUUCCUUAAAGGUAAAGGGACCCCUUGACCAUUAGGUCCAGUCGUGGCCGACUCUGGGGUUGCGGCGCUCAUCUCGCUUUAUUGGCCGCUUCUGGCGAACCGCAGCAGUGCACGGAAACGCCGUUUACCUUCCCACCAGAGCGGUACCUAUUUAUCUACUUGCAGUUUGAUGUGCUUUUAAACUGCUAGGUUGGCAGCAGCUGGAACCGAGCAACGGGAGCUCACCCCAUUGCGGGGAUUCGAAGCACCAACCUUCUAAUCGGCAAGUCCUAGGCUCUGUAGUUUAACCCACAGCGCCACCCACGUCCCUCCACUUUUCCUUAGGACGUCCCUAUUUUCAUCUGAGAAAUGUUGGAUGGUAUGGAGUUAUGCGACUCCAGAGCCAAGGAGAUACAAACUUUAGAAGACAUCUGAAGGCAGCCCUGUAUAGGGAAGCUUUUUAAAAAUGUUUAAUACUUUGUUAUGUUUUUAGAAUAAAGGGUGGGUGGUGCUGUGGUCUAAACCACUGAGCUGCUUGAGCUUGCCAAUUGGAAGGUCAGCGGUUUGAAUCCAUAUGACGGAGUGAGCUCACAUUGCUCUUUCUCAGCUUCUGCCAACCUAGCAGUUCGAAAGCACACCAAUGCGAGUAGAGAAUAGGUACCCGCUGUGGCGGGAAGGUAAACGGCAUUUCCAUGCGCUCUGGUUUCCGUCACGGUGUCUCGUUGCUCCAGAAGCGGUUUAGUCAUGCCGGCCACAUGACCCGGAAAGCUGUCUGUGGACAAACAAUGGCUCCCUCAGCCUGAAAGCCAGAUGAGCGCCACAACCCCACAGUUGCCUUUGACUGAACUGUCCAGGGGUCCUUUACCUAUUCCCCUUAUCUAUCUAUAUCUAUGUAUCUAUCUAUCUAUAUCUAUCUGUAUCUAUCUAUCUAUCUAUCUAUCUAUCUAUAUCUAUCUAUCUAUCAUCUAUCUAUCAUCUACUAUUACUAUUGAAUAAGACAUCCCUAUUUUCACUGGAGAAAUGUGGAUGGUAUGAGAGAAAGUAAGCAACGAAAUGAAAUGAUGGUGUAAAUGUAACCACGGCCUAAAUAUACAGGCUCCCCCCCCCAACACACAAAAUGGAAAUAGAGUUGCCAAGCUGUGAGUAAACACUCAGCCUGCUUAUUUCCUACCCCUGUUUGAGAGGUGCCUUAGCUCAGUGGGAGACCCCCAACUUUGUGUCAGAUUCCAAGUUCAGCCUCAGGCAUUGUCCUAAGGAGUCUUCCUCAGAUAGAUGAGUCCUUUAGAAAAUCAACGGAGCUGGGUUCAAAGGGCAGCUUGAACUAUCACUCUGUGGGGCUUGUUUUGUUUUGUUUUUGGUGGAAGAAAAGUUUUUUAGCUACGUGAAGGUGGCCUAGCAAUGUCUAUGUGCUGAAGUUAAUGGAUUCUCCCCAGGGCUGUAUCCUUAGAAUACCCCUUGAUUUUCCAUCGUUUUAACUUACAUCUUUCCUAUGGUUCAACAAGCAAGAUGGGUGUGUGGUUAAUGAACACAUUGCGAGCGGACAUGGGACAUAAAGUACAGAUUCCUGGCAGCUCAAUCCUCUCCCCCCUCCUUCUCUUUUGCAGAUUCAAGCGUUUAGCGUUGAAGGCCACAAAUUUUCCUAUGCCAGUGACUGCACAACCUUCUUCACCCCUGGAAUUUGGAUGGGUUUGGUGUCCUCGCUAGUCUUAUUACUGAUCCUGACCUUUGGGAUCCACAUGAUUGUGAACCUCACAACCAACAAUAGGUUUGAUGACCCCAAAGAUCAACCUCUGUCAGUCCCGCAAGGAGAAUAG